GUAGGUUGGAGAGACCGUAACGGAUUCAUUAAACUGGGAAGUGCUGCAGAAGAGCUUUAGCCGUGGUGAACAAAACACAGCAGACACGCACACAGGAGAAAAACACAUAUGACAGGUAAAAUAUGCAAUCCCACAUUCAAAUUAAAUAUUGUCUGUGAGUAUAAUUGUCUAUCUCGGUUACAAAAAAUUACUUCUAAAGUUAAGGGAUAAUUUCUACCUAAUCAUGUUUGCUGUAUGCACUUGUUAGAAUUUUUAAAAAGCUGCCCUUUGGCUGUAAUUAUCUAUCCUGUAUACUGUAAAUGGUGUAUUUUCCUAAAAUAAUGGUUGUGUGAAUCCUAAAACUAAAUACCUACAAUACCUCCUGAUCUAAAAAAAACUAUUUAUUUCCAGAUAAGAUGUGACUGUCUGCUUAUCUCUCUGAUAGCUUCCUAGAAAUGUUGCAAUAAUUGGCAAAUAUACUUUUUAAAUGAGUUUCUUUUUUUUAGUCUGGGUUUGUAAAACCUAAGAAGCAUUUUUGCUGGGGUCUCUACUGCAUAGUGCGCUUAUAAAUAUUUGGGUUCCCCUCUGACAGCUGUACAUAUUAAUUAUUUGGUCACUAAUUCUAAAAUAAAUGUUAUCAAAGUACUUUCUGAACUGCAACUUUAGUACUUUUUAGUAUGUGAGUAUUUUUUGUUAAGUAUUUAUUAGUGUAGUAUCCUUAUGUUUUAGGGGUUCCUAAAUGGAAUCUUAUCUAAACUUGACUAAAAUUGGGCCAAAUAAGUAAAUCUGGAAACUUUCUUUUGUAAUAGAUAUUAUAUGAUCUGCUUGUUUUUUUUUUUUUUUGUUUUUUUUUAUGAAAUGUUCAUAAUUGAUGUCACGCAGCCUAAUUCUUACAAAUGGUAAUUGACAUUGUCACUAGACUCUAUGUAUUGAAGCUCGAAAAUGAUAUAUCAUGGCAACAUAUCACAAUAUGCAUAUUGCAGCUGCUUAUCUUAAUGAGAGUUACACUCCCGUCAUCUCCCCAUCUCCCCUACCCUUUAGAAUGCUGACUCUUGCAGCUUACUUGCCACAGUUGCCUUGGUGACAAUUUGAUCCAACACCUGUUCUACUGCACUGAAGCAAACAGGACCAUGAGGUGUCUGAGUGAGAGCAAGAGAGUAUAUGCAAGUGUGUGUUAGUGAUUGUAUAUGACACAGAAUAUGACACACCAGGUGCUUAAUAAAUUCAUAUUUUUUAUUUUUUCUAAAAAACAUUUUCUUUUUCUUAAAACAAUGUAAUAUACAGCACUUCUUCUGUGGGACUGUGUGUUUUGAGGAAAAUAAAGUUAUCUCUAACCUCUGGAAUUAUAUAAAAAGUUUGUACCCUUCUGGUUUAUAAAGUGCUCAAAAGAAAAAAAAAAAAGCAUGUACAUAGGAAUUUUUAUGUUAUUUUUACAUUGUUCUUUCAACAGGCAGAUUGUGUUUUCAAACCCUGCACUGCGUGGUGGUGAUGUCAUAUGGGCUUUUUUCUCUGUUUUUCGUUCUUCCGAUAUAUCACUUUCAGAAAAGACUUAAAGGGACACAAUAGUCACCAGAACAACUACAGCUUAAUGUAGUUGUUCUGGUGAGUAUAAAAACUCCCUUUAGGCAUUUUCAUGUAAACACUGCCUUUUCAGUGAAAAUUCAGUGUUUACAUUGCCUCUAGGGACACCCCCAAGUGGCCACUCCUCAGAUGGCCACUGGAGAGGCUUCCUGGCUCAGGGCUGCACAGUAAGCAGCCCUGCCAUUCAGCAUCUCCAUGCAGAGCGUUGAUUCAGCGCAUCUCUUUCAGGAGGACCUGAUUGGCCAAAAUGGCAUUUGGCCCCGCCCGUGCCGAUUUUAGCCACUCCAGUGCUUUCCCUAUGGGAAAGCAUUGGGUUGGCUAAAAAUCUGCCAUUUUGAUGAUGUCACAAAGGGGGCAUAGCCAGCGCCAGCAGACCCGCGCAACGCUGGAAAUAAGGUGAGUUUUAAACUUUUAUAGGGGUGCUAAUGAGGGGGGGGGAGCAAACCACGUAAAUGGUUGGCUUAGCACUAUAGGGCCAGGAAUACAUUUUUGUGCUCCUGACCCUAUAGUGAUCCUUUAAUUAAUGGAUACAGGCAGCUGCAUAUGGCAGCUGCUGCCCAGUGACUUACUUCCACCAAUCCUAAGCAGAGCUUAAUGUGCUCCCCCCCAGUUAACAUUGGUCUGAAGGAAGAAUUUUAAAUAGGUGUGGUGUAGAUGGAUCCAAGAUAGAGCUCACUCAUGCGAGUUGUGAUCGCAAAUACCACAGAGCUCUUUCUAGUUUUGAAGUGUGAUUUUAUGAUUUUUGCUAUUGUUUUCCAGCAAAUAAUAAACCGAUCUAUAAAUAUAUAUGCCAAUGUAUGUCCCAAUUCAAUAGGUGAUGGCAGAGAACAGGAAGUCUAAAAACAAAAACAAAGCUUGUGAUUAUACUGAGCAUUCCAGAGGGUAGUGUCCAUUUCUUUUGGCCUUCUUCUGCUGACAAUAGGGUGUAAAGAAAAUUGAGUCUACUCUUGUCUGUGCUUGGUUAGUGAUGGGUAGUAAAAAAAAAAAGGUCAUGACUUUUCAUGCUAGAACCAUACUUGUUAUCGUAAUACUUACCUGAGAAGUUUGCCUUGGCAGAUGAGCUCACACUUUGAUUAACAUUGCAAAUGUACUAAAAUGUUAAUUGUUUAAAAGUGCAAUGCAAACAAGAAGAAUAGCUUUAAUUUCUAAAGGAUCUGUUGUGUUUAUUUCUAUUGUUUCUCCCUUCAUUUCUUAAUGCCUGCUUUGUCUAAAAUGCAGCACUUCUUUCAGUACUUAGUAAUAAGACAGAAAUUAAAAGACAGACCUUACUAAGCUUUGUGAGGACUUUGACAUGACUGAGCCAUACUUUUUCACCAAAGACAUAAAAAGAUCAAGUUCAUAUAAAGAAGCACACACAUGACUUUGCUCAUUGAACAAUGCAUCUUCAAAUGAUAUAUUACAUUAUUUUCCACGAGAUGUGCGAAGUGUCUAUACAUCGGUUGGAAAUGUUAUAGCAGCUAUUCCUGGGCUGAUGUCAGAUUCAAAGCUUCAGCUUUAGUCCAUAAAUCCUCAUGAAUAAAGGCAGGUGUUGCUGAAUAAUAGCAUAUCAUGAUGUAAUUUUCAGGUGUGGUUAAAACAAAUCAUCCUAGAUAUCACAAUUAACAAAUGAGGGGGAUGGGGCCUGACGGCCAUGCCGGCCGAACACAUCCAGAGUGAGGUCCGGCACUUAAAAUGCUAUAAUGCAAAUAUUCUGCUGUCUAUACCCCACUGCCAACUCUACUUGCCCCUAAGUUGUUUCUUGAUGGAGUGGGGAUGUCCAGAAGCGUGUCUGAUGUCCCUGGGUGUCCACGUCAACGGAGAGCUGGCUUGGAGGCCUGGAGGGGUGGAGAAGCGUCCUGCUGCUUGAGCCCCCCCCAUCCCUGUGGACCGUGGGAGUGAUCCCGGUCUACCCCUGGAGGCUCCCGUCCCUGGCUGAAGGUGCGCUGGAUUACCGCAACACAAGCAACACAGUACCACAACGCACUCAAGAUGGCAGAAAGUGCAUGCUACUCCGACCUCUGCAGAAGAUAAUAAGCAAACCUGCAAAGUCUGCAUGGAGUAUCCAAGUUCUUAGGUGCACUCAGAAGAAACCUAUGGCGUGGAGAAUCAAGUAUGCCACCGUACCUGAGGGUCCGCAAGGCAAGGCUGUGUGGAAGGCAGGAAACCAUCCCUUAACUGGGCCAUGCUGAUUUCAGUUGAGAACCUGGGACGCUCUCUCUCUGGCAAUGUAGCUCAGAGCUGCAUCUGGAGUUCCAUCCUAUUGAGCUGCUGGCCUGUCUAUAUCCCUAUCUGCAUGCAGGACAUUCAGUUCUUACCUAAAUGGGGUGCCUCCUGAGGGUUUCACUCUUUGAUAAAAAUAUUCAACUUGUUUAACAGUGUUCUCUAUUUCUCGUUCAGCAACUCCUUUCAGUGCAUAUGCUCUACUCACUAAACUGUCUCAUGUUUACAAUAUCUAGCACUUUCCAUGCCUUGUGUACUAGACAAUAUUUUUAUUGUUCACUUUAAAAGGUAUGAUAUGUUACCCUUGUUCUUGCUCAGCACAACAACAAAAAAGAAUAAAAAAAGAGGCAAUUUUAAACGUAUAUGAAAAAAUGACCUCUUUCUAUAAUAUAUAAAGUUAAAGCUUAAAGACAUUUGGCAUACCGUAUAUACUCGAGUAUAAGACGAGUUUUUCGGCACAUUUUUUGUGCUGAAAACCCCCCACUCGUCUUAUACUCGAGUCAAGGUAUGUAUUAUGGCAACUUACAUUGCCAUAAUACAGACCAGGACCGCUGGGCUCAUUACAAGCCUGGUGGUCCUGUUGGGGGCUGGCAGGAAGCGUUUACUUACCUUUCCUACAGCUCCUGUCAGCUCCCUUCUCUCUCCUCUGGUCCGGUCAACUCCCCUGUCAGCUCCACUGUAAGUCUCACGAGAGCCGCAGGGUCAGAGCGUUGCCACGGGUUACUGUGGCAAUGCUCCGCGCGGCAAUGGAGCGGACAGGGGAGCUGACCGGACCGGAGGAGAGAGAAGAGAGCUGACAGGAGUGCAGGAAAGGAAAGUAAACGCUUCAUGCCAGCUCCCUCCUACACAGUGCACACCACUGGACCACCAGGGAAUGAGAGCCCCCCACCCUGGCCAGGUAUUAAGCAGGGAGGGGGGGUGAAAAAAAAUAGCAUAAAAAUGUAAAUAAUACAAAAUAACAUAAAAUUAUUAAUAAUAUAAAAAUAAAUAUUAAAAUAAUAAUAAUAUUAAAAAAAUGCCCACCCCCACCAAGGUUCUGCAUCACAUACACAUACACACACUGCACUCAUACACACACUGCAUUUAUACACACACACUGCACUCAUACACAUACACACACUGCAUUCAUACACACACACACUGCACUCAUACACACACACACUCUGCACUCAUACACACACACUGCACUCAUACACACACAAACACUGCUCUCAUACACACACACACUGCACUCAUAUACACACACACACUGCAUUCAUACACACACACACACACACACACAGCAUUCAUACACACACACUGCAUUCAUAUACACACACUGCAUUCAUACACACACACACACACUGCAUUAAUUAUAUACACACACUGUACAUAAAUAUUCAAUUAAUAUAAUUUUGGAGGGAUCUAAUUUUAUUUAGAAAUUUACCAGUAGCUGCUGCAUUUCCCACCCUAGUCUUAUACCCGAGUCAAUAAGUUUUCCCAGUUUUUUGGGGUAAAAUUAGGGGUCUCGACUUAUAUUCGGGUCGACUUAUACUCGAGUAUGUACGGUACUUUGAAAUCCAAUUUGUGAAAUCCAAUGUGUGAAAUUUUAAUCUUUGAAUAUUACAUCAAAUGAUCAAUGUGUAUAUAUAGAUAUAUAUAGUUGUUUUUUUUAUUUAUUUUCUUACAAAAACAAACAAACACACAAAGAAACAAACAUCAGAUUAAAGGGAAACUACCAUUACGUCAUCGUCACAUAUUACAUUAAAAUAAAUUUGUCCCACGAGUCAAGGCAAACAGUCAUAGCCCUGUCUGACAAAAGUCAUGGAUUAAAGGAAUUUGGAAACAAAAUCCACUGCCUUGCUGCACACAGCUCUUUAAACAUGUUGAUACUGAGCAGGUGAAAGUGUUCUUGGGUACGAUAAAGAUUCCAACCCAAGAUCACUUAAAACAUGGUAGUCUGUUUAUUCAUAGGCACUCUAACUUUAAUCGGUUUUAAUCCAAGCAUUUGGUGCUCUUGACUCGCAGUGUAUUUAGAUAAUCUUGUAGUUUUUCAUUCAUAGCAUUCCUUUGCUCCAUCCAAAUAUCAGAUUCCCAGGGGUAAUAGACUCCCAUAUAUAGAAAGGAUUUUCAAUUAUUGUUUGAGAUCAUGUAUUAUUAUUAAUUUUGAUGAUCUUUUAUGUACUUUUGCGCACUCUAUUUUCUUUUUGAAUUUGUUUUCUACAGACAUGUUUUAUAAAUAUCUAAUGCAAUUAGAUCCCUAUCUUCCAUUUCAUAUUGAAUAAUUGGCUUCCAAAAAAUGAUCUAAAACUAGGUAUUCUAUUCACAAACACAUCCUGUUUACAUCACUCUGGCAAGAUAACUGAUUGUGCAACAAUUCCAAUAGCCAGUCCAUCCCAGUAAUGCAACUGUAAGUGCAAUUUGUUAUGCUAGCUUGUUCUCCAGUGACUGUCCAUUAAUGUCAUAUGCUAAAAUAACUAAAUGGCUUGAACUCAGAUCCAGGUGAACCCAUAACUUUUGUUUUUUACCUCUACUGUGUUGAAAGCACCUACACUAGCAGAGCAAUGCAUUUUAAUGACCAAUAAAUUUUAGUAUUAUGAUAGUAAAAUUGGCAAAAGUGCAUGGAUUAAUAAAUGCAUUUAAUGAAUGCACCUAUAAAUUCUAGAAUAAUGGCACAUUGUAGGCAGUAUAACCAUUUCAUCUUACUGAAUUUAUUACAGUGCUUGGAGUCCGCUGUCCCAUUUAGUGCUGAAUUAUUUUUGAGCAGUUUAACAACAAAAACGGUCACUGGCCACCAACAGACUGGAUCCUACUAGAGGUAUAGCUAAGGCAUAGAUUCCACACUUCACUCUAGCCAUACUAAUCAUACCAGCAAAGGUCGCUGUGAUAGGUUGAAAACAGUCAUCUGACACUCUCAGCCAAUUACAGCAACACAUUGCUGCGCAGGGUGUUGCAUUCUCAUUAGCCCAAGCAGCAAAGAGGGGGUGGGCUGAUGGGGACUCUCGUAUAGCAAUAAAACAUUAACAAUUGUUUAAUAUUUGAACACUAAAUUAAAAGAUGGCUCCAUGGACAGGGCCGGACUGGCCCACCGGGAUACCGGGAAAUUUCCCGGUGGGCCGUCGGCACCUGGGGCCGGGCAGACAGCCGGCUCACCUGUGGCCGCAGAGGGAGCCCGGAGCUCCCUUGGCGGCCGCAGGGUUUGCUGGCUGUUUUGGCGGCCGCAGGGGGAGCUGACUGUUCUGCCUCUGCUCCCCCUCCCCAGCGCGCUAGAAAGAGACCGGGGCCGGGAUAUGACGUCAUAUUCCGGCUCCGGUCUCAGUAAGCAGUGCGCUGGGGAGGGGGAGCAGAGGCAGAACAGUCAGCUCCCCCUGCGGCCGCCAAAACAGCCAGCAAACCCUGCGGCCGCCAAGGGAGCUCCCCACAGCCCCAGGUAGACAUUGUGUGUGUCUGUAUCAUGGUGUGUGUGUGUGUCUGUGUCAUGGUGUGUGUGUGUCAUUGUGUGUCUGUCUGUGUCAUGGUGUGUCUGUCUGUGUCAUUGUGUGUGUCUGUCUGUGUGUCUCUGUCUGUCAUGGUGUGUGCGUCUGUGUCAUGGUGUGUGUCUGUGUGUCUCUGUCUGUCAUGGUGUGUGCGUCUGUGUCAUGGUGUGUGUCUGUGUGUCUCUGUCUGUCAUGGUGUGUGCAUCUGUGUCAUGGUGUGUGUGUGUCUGUCUGUGUCAUGCAAUGUGUGUCUCUGACUGUCAUGGUGUGUGCGUCUGUCUGUGUCAUUGUGUGUGUCUGUGUGUCUCUGUCUGUCAUGGUGUGUGCAUCUGUGUCAUGGUGUGUGUGUGUCUGUCUGUGUCAUGCAAUGUGCGUCUCUGACUGUCAUGGUGUGUGCGUCUGUCUGUGUCACGGUCUGUCUGUGUCAUGGUGUGUGUGUGUUUGUCAUGGUGUGUGUCUGUCUCUGUCAUGUAAUGUGUGUCUGUGUCACGGUGUGUGUGUGUGUCUGUGUCACGAUCUCUCUGUGUCUGUCUGUGUCGUGUAUGUGUCUGUGUCUGUGUCAAGGUCUGUGUUAUGGUGUGUGUGUCAAGGUGUGUGUGUCUUUUUAAGGUGUGUCUGUCAUGGUAUGUGUGUGUCUCUGUCAUGGUGUGUGUGUGUCUGUCUGUGUCAUGGUGUGUCUGUCUGUCAUGGUGUGUCUGUGUUUCUGUCUGUGUCACGGUGUGUGUCUGUCAUGGUAUGUGUGUGUGUAUGUGUGUUUUUACUCACCUCCCCCCCCCCACGUCGUGCUGGUCUCCCCUCAACUGGCCCUGCCUCUACCGCUGAGAUCAUCAAGCUUGAUGAUCUCAGCCAAUCCGCACUGACACAGGAAGCACCUCUAGUGACCGUCUGAGUGUCUGUCACUAGGAAGCAAUGUAAACACUGCCUUUUCUCUAAAAAGUCAGUGUUUACAUUGAAAAGCCUGCAGGGACAGGCUAUAGACACCAGAGCCACUACAUUAAGCUGUGUGUGUGUGCGCGCCUGCUAGUGAGUGGGCUUGCUUGUGUGUGUGUGUGUGCCUGCUACCGAGUGAGCGUGUGUUUUUAUUUUAAUGACCUUAUGUAUAUCAGUGAGAUUGUUUGUCUAUGAGGCUGUGUAUCAAUCAGCUUGUGUCAGUGAGAUUGUCUGUGUCUGCAUGUGAGUAUGCUUACUAUAUAAUUAAAGAUUUUACUCUGAAAGGACCAAUAUUUUAUAUUGGAAAAAGAUAUAUAUAUAUAUAUAUAUAUCUCAAUCAUCUAGGGUGGCAAGACAUAGCCUUACAUAUUACAUGCGACAAUACAUGGCGCAAUGACUUAUGGGGCUGGCAUAGAUUUUUUUUCCAGGGCUGCUUUGGAAUCCCCAGUCCGGCCCUGUCCAUGGAACUCCAGAUCCUUUAGUCAUGUAUGCGUAUGCAACUCUAUGAAAAAACUUCCAUGUAUGGAAAAAUAUUUCUUCUUAAUAUGCUCACAGUCUAUGAGAGCCAUAACUCCUGGGAUAGUGAAUAUCCCAAAUGAACAGGCAGAACAAUAACAGUAUGCACUAUAUUUUUGUGCAAUGCUGUUUUCUUGUAUGCCAAACUAGUUCAGCUACUGUGUCGUUACGAUUAGAAGAAGUCUUCAGCUUCUUUUGUUUUUUUCCUCAAGAAAAUGUACUCAAUUUGCUCUGUAGAGAGAUACUGUUCAGGUGGUGAAUUAGCUUUGCUAUAAAGAUAACCAUUCCUUUGCUCUGAUAGCCCUCUGUGGCCUUGCAGGUCUCGGUAUGUUGGCUUUGUCUGUUGCCGCCUUGGCUGCUUAUAAUUCACUUGAACCUUCAGGCAUUUAGACCUGUAAACCUUAACAUGGAAGGUUAUUUUCAGGUCGGCAGGUUUUGGUUUAUUCCUUUAUUACAAGGAUGUCUGCACUUCUUCCAUUAAUGAGAAGACCAUGCAAGCUUCCUUUUGAACAAAACCAGCCACAGAUAAAGAUGGUCUUUUACAUGCUUGGGAUGUGGUCAGAGUUCUCAAGUACUAUUUUAAAUUGCAAAGUCUUUUCAUUAGUGUUAUUCCCUCUUUGUCCACUCUUCUGGACCUCAGUGUCUCAAAGCUUUCACUAUCACUCUGAUGUUUUGGCAGAUAGGUCUGUGCUUGACACUGUCAGGGUAUUGGCUAUCUCCUGGGCUAUCAAGCAUUAGGCUUCAAUAUAAUAGAUUUGUAAGGCAGCCAUUUGGUUCUCUCUUCUUUUGUCAGUUGUUGUCCUUUUGUUGUUUUUACAUCUAUCGAUGCUCCAUUUGGCAGUAACGUUCUUAGGUAUACCUUUUCCCACAUGUGAUGGCUAACAAGGACCGUGACCACAUUAUGAUAAAACCCAGAAUGCAUGACUAACAAUACUUUCAUUUUCAUUUGUGUGGUUAUGCAUUCUUGUCCAUUCGUCCAUUGGUUGUGUAACAGAUUUGCUCUUGCCCAGUUUUUCUUGUUUCUCUCUAUCCUGCAAAUUUACUGCUGGUUUUCUUUGUCCUCUGCUUGUCUUCUCAGCUUCAUGUUCUCCAACUAUUCCUUCAUUUCCUUGUAUGUAUAAGGUGUGCAAGGAAUAAGAUGAUAGAUCAUGUUCUUCAAUGUCAGAGAAUUUUUUAUAUUCAUUUGUGUGAACAAAUGUACAGUAGAACAAGAGGGGGUUGGCUGCACUCACCUUAACAUGCAUAAAUGGGGGUGCUGCUGGGGGCCAAAUAAUACAAUACACAAGAUCCAGCGCACUCGCCUAUCCACUAAACAGCAACUUCAAUGUUGAAAGAUUUUAUUUGUUUUUUUUAAAACACCUAAUCUAGGCAAAAAUAAUGGGGGCUUAGUUACAUUAUAUGAUCAUACAUUGCAUAAGCCUGCCACAACGUCAAUGUACCCCAUCUUUGGCAGGUCCUACACUAACAGCCUAAUGUCUGCUCUUAUGAGAUUAACCUACUUGGGGAAAAAAAAUUCCAUCUGGGGCUCUCUGCAGUACAAGGCUAAAUAGGGCCCUGGGAUGAGGCACCUGUGACAGGGAGGGGUGCAAAACCAAGGAGUUGGCUAGACCCCCAAAUAUAUAUAAAACAAGAGGGGGUUGGCUGCACUCACCUUAACAUGCAUAAAUGGGGGUGCUGCUGGGGGCCAAAUAAUACAAUACACAAGAUCCAGCGCACUCACCUAUCCACUAAACAGCAACUUCAAAGUUGAAAGAUUUUAUUUGUUUUUUUUUAAAACACCUAAUCUAGGCAAAAAUAAUGGGGGUUUAGUUACAUUAUAUGAUCAUACAUUGCAUAAGCCUGCCACAACGUCAAUGUACCCCAUCUUUGGCAGGUCCUACACUAACAGCCUAAUGUCUGCUCUUAUGAGAUUAACCUUCUUGGGGAAAAAAAAUCCAUCUGGGGCUCUCUGCAGUACAAGGCUAAAUAGGGCCCUGGGAUGAGGCACCUGUGACAGGGAGGGGUGCAAAACCAAGGAGUUGGCUAGACUCCCAAAUAUAUAUAAAACAAGAGGGGGUUGGCUGCACUCACCUUAACAUGCAUAAAUGGGGUGCUGCUGGGGGCCAAAUAAUACAAUACACAAGAUCCAGCGCACUCGCCUAUCCACUAAACAGCAACUUCAAUGUUGAAAGAUUUUAUUUGUUUUUUUUUAAAACACCCAAUCUAGGCAAAAAUAAUGGGGGUUUAGUUACAUUAUAUGAUCAUACAUUGCAUAAGCCUGCCACAACGUCAAUGUACCCCAUCUUUGGCAGGUCCUACACUGACAGCCUAAUGUCUGCUCUUAUGAGAUUAACCUACUUGGGAAAAAAAAUUCCAUCUGGGGCUCUCUGCAGUACAAGGCUAAAUAGGGCCCUUGGAUGAGGCACCUGUGACAGGGAGGGGUGCAAAACCAAGGAGUUGGCUAGACUCCCAAAUAUAUAUAAAACAAGAGGGGGUUGGCUGCACUCACCUUAACAUGCAUAAAUGGGGGUGCUGCUGGGGGCCAAAUAAUACAAUACACAAGAUCCAGCGCACUCGCCUAUCCACUAAACAGCAGAAUAUUCCCUUUCUGAUAUAAUUUUUUGUUUUCCUCUUGAUUUUCUAUCCCUACUUUCAAACUGAAACUAUUCUCAGCAUUAAUUACACUAAAAGAAAGAACUAUUGAUGUUACUAAAUGUGCCAAAUGAACCAUUUUGCUGUGUUCUUGAAAACUUGCAUAUAGUAAUCCUUAAAUUAAAAACUUUCAAUAUCAUAUUUCAGCUUUCCUAUUUUAUAUAAUUACUAAUGGCACCAUUGCGAUUUUCCUUUUUUACAUCUGUUUUUUCACGAACACAAAUGGUUCAAAUAAGAAAAUCAAGGAAAGUUAUUGAAUUUAUUAACUUUUAGGGAUAUGCCCCAAAGUUGUACAAGUAAAAUGAGUCUUUUGUGUGAUGAAACUAAUGCAGACUGGAUUCGGGGAGUUUUCAAAACCAGUGAAAUACGGUCAACAGUUGGAAAGUUAGAUAUAACAGGAUGAGAGGAUGAAAUGAAUGCUUGAGCAACAGCAAGUGAGGGUAGAGAGGAAGUAAGAGACGGCCUGGAAGGAUCAAAGCAGAAGUAAAGGACAGCUAUCUGAUGAAGAAUUCUUUCACAGAUGAUUAUCUUGCUUUUGUUUCGCUUUCCAACUGUACAAGCGUCUUUAUUUUAACAUGGAUUUUAGCCAAAGGAAAAAUGUUCCUACUGCAUCAUUGCUUGUCUCUAUUAUAGAUAGUAGGAUUCUGACUGCUUGGAUGUCCUGGUCACCAUUUUGUGACCGUCUUUUGACGAGUCUUGUGUUUUACCUGUUCUUUUGGAAGACUGUAUAAAUUAGCAUGACUAAGGCUAGGUGGUAAAAGUAGAACAAUUACCAUGGAAACCAAUAGGAUGUUUGUGCAGAUUGUGAUAUACACACAUCACCUUCAUUGUUCUGUGUUCUUUAACGUGAUUUUUCUUUCCUAUUCUUGUUGUUUAUUUGUGCUUGCUUUGUUCAGGGGUUUUAACUUUCAACCCCUUUACAGCUUGUGUUACAAAAUAUGCUUAUGAAAUAGAAUAUAAUUUAAUUACCCUAAGCAAAAUUAAACUGCUAUAUUUAGACACAAUGAGGUCAUGUAUAAUAAUGUUCAUACAUAUUUCGAAGCGUUGUACUGGAAGUCUUGGAACCAAAGGUCAUGAUUGUACAUCAUUUAACAUCACUCCCUGAAUGGUGUGCUGUCAGACAUCAUCAGUGUAGGGCUUGGAAGGGAUGGAUGAGAGUGGAAGGUCAAAAGGGAAAGCAGCUGUAUAGUUUAUUACCAUAUAUUUGUGGUGAGAGCAGAGGCAUAUAGGAAAGCAUUGUUAUCAGGAUGAGGAGUUUAUUCACUGAAUAGCAUGUUGUGGCAAGUUGACAAGUAAGUUAAAAAAAUAUUAUAUCAAAAUAACCAUGUUGAAAAAACUGUUCUACGCCAAACGUCUGCAGACAGUAAUUUGGCAACUAAAGCGGAAUGAAUAAAUGAGACUACCAGGUUUAUUUACUGAAGUGAGAAUUGCUGGGAAUUAAAAGGGAAUUUGUCACGGGCUUGUGUUUAGGGAAUUUUUAUGGUCCCUCCAAUUCCAAGUGUCCCCAACGUAUUUGUUGUCACUUGGUCUCCUUUACCUUUUAAAUUUCCUUUCAUUUUGGUGCCAAAUCUUCUUCUUAUGUUGUGCCAUCUUUAUUAGCUUAGCAGUGAAGCAUUGUUUCUGCCUUCCUAUGCAAUGUCUCUGGCUUGUGGUUCUAAAUUGGCACAUGUCCACUCAUAGAAGUGUGUAUUACAUUUAAUUUGGGUGUGCACCCAGGAGUUCUUUCUGCUACUUAUGACAGGAACUAAAACUGCCCUGAUGUUCUCCCAGUAUAAUUUGCCCUACUGUUUUAGCUGGCAGCUGCAGCCCAUGCCUCUGGUUUUCCCUUGUAAGCAGUGAUUUAUGUUUUCUCUGCGAGAACCCCAGGUGCAGCUCAGAAUCCUGUAAGAUCCAUGAAAAUUAACAUUUUGUUCUAAAAGUUAAACUGGAUGGGUGCCAGAGCACUCUCUGGCACCAUAACCAUUGCAGCAGGCUGCAGAGGAUACGGUGCUUAGUGUGUUCCUUUAAAUACUUAAUCACAAGUGUCUUUUCUACCUAUCAAACCAAACCAGUUAGGUGUGUCUUUAUAUCAUAAUAGACUUACAGGAUGAAAUACAGAAAGUAAAAGAAUUUCACAAUAAUCCUGAUUAUACUUUAAUGGAGACAAAAUUGGAAAAAAAAUAUUGAGGGUUUCAAAACUUAUAUCAGGGAAAAAAACAUCUAAAAUUUCAAAUGGAUUUUAGGGACUUUAAAGAAGGACACAUCUUUCGCCAAAAUAAGAGACAAAGGAAUCACACCAACAGUAAGAACAGUUCCACUUUAGGAAAUACUGACUGGAAUGACUCAAAUUCAUCAAGGGGAAGAAACCCACAAAAUCCUAGAACACAAGAUAGACAAUUGUCAUCUAACAAAAGCAUUCUGGAAGUCUAGUUCCUAGACACACUACCCCCCACCACCACUACCUCAUCCUCAACCAAUGCCUCUUUUUUGGGCCAGGAAUGACCUCUUACACAAAGAGGCCAUUUGAGUGAUCAGAGACAUUGGGGUUACAAAUUAGACAGGACUUCCUACAGGACAUAAACCGAUCAUCAACCAUAAUCACUGAAAAUAAAAUUAUAAAUUUGUCCGAUUACAGACUAACAUCUGCACAUUUAUCACUACUUAGCAGAGGCCUAUCUUUUGUACCUACCCCAGGGGCAAACAAAUUUGAGUGGCAAAAGGAUAUCAACCUAUUUGGACAUAAACUGGCACUUUGCUCAUUACAUAAACGAAAAUAUAUCAUACUGUGAUUUUUCACAUCUACAAAUCUCCAAUUGCUGGUAGAACAAGAAAAUGAACCAUCAUUAACCAACUUUAAACCACUAAGCUGGUUUACCCCUAAUUUCAAAGAAGAUAUAAAUAUAGGUCUCUUUGUACAAAUGACAACAGAACAAUUAGAGUCUCUACCUCUAGCAACCAUCAAAGACAACAAUUUAACUACAGAUGAACGGAUUGCAUUGAAAGAACUCAGUACAAACAAAGAAAUAAUAAUGAAACCUUCUGAUAAAGGGGGGAACACAGUCCUACUUCACAAUCAUUACGUGUCCAUGUGCAUGGAACAUCUUAAGGACACUUCUUUUUACACCAAAUUAUCUGAGGACCCUACAUCUGGUUACCUAGAUCUCUUAAGGCAACUAUUUACCUCAGCAGCCAACGAUAACAUUAUUACAAGUAAUGAACAAAAUUAAUUAUGCCCAAAAAUACACCUACCAUCGCCACCUUCUAUUGUUUGCCCAAAGUACACAAAAAUUGAACUAACCCACCUGGAAGACCGAUAGUUUCGGGCAUUCAUUCUUUAACAGAAAAUGCCAGCAAGUUUUUAGAAAGCAUACUACAUUCCUUUGUAACAAAUCUAACCUCUAACUUACAGGAUACUAAACAAACCCUGCUGGCCCUAGAGGACUUAAUGGUACCUCCCUACAUUCUAGUGGCAAGCAUGGACAUGGUUGCACUGUAUAACAACAUCCCACAUGAGAAAGGGUUAGAAGCAACAUCAUACUUUUUGGAGAAAUCAUCCAAAUACUCCAUCCCUCAGAUGAAGUUUCUAAUCGAUCUACCGCGUUUUAUUUUAACUCACAAUUACUUUUAAUGGCAAUUUUUACUUACAGCUUAAAGGACCACUAUAGUGCCAGGAAAACAUACUCAUUUUCCUGGCACUAUAGUGCCCUGAGGGUGCCCCCACCCUCAGGGUCCCCUUCCCGCCCGGCUCUGGAAGGGGGAAAGGGGUAAAAACUUACCUUUUUCCAGCGCUGGGCGGGGAGCUCUCUGCCUCCUCUCCUCCUCCUCGUUCGCCACCGGGUUGGAUCGGCGGCAAAGCUGCGCCGAUUCAGCUCGUCGCAUAGGGAAAGCAUUUACAAUGCUUUCCUAUGACGCUGAUGCUCUCACUGUGAAAAAUCACAGUGAGAAGCACGCAAGCGCCUCUAGUGGCUGUCAAUGAGACAGCCACUAGAGGGAAUAGGGGGAAGGCUUAACCCAUUAAUAAACAUAGCAGUUUCUCUGAAACUGCUAUGUUUAUUAAAAAAUGGGUUAACCCUAGAAGGGCCAGGCACCCAGACCACUUCAUUAAGCUGAAGUGGUCUGGGUGCCUAGAGUGGUCCUUUAAAGGCAGUGCUAUGGGCACGGCUUGUGCCCCUAGCUAUGCCAACUUCUACCUUGAUUGGUGGGAGGAAACAAUUCUAUCUGUAACCAUCAAGGAUGAAUACAACAAAUACAUAAUCAAGUGGUAUAGAUACAUCGAUGAUGUGCUUCUCUUUUGGAACAGCUCAAUUGCUAAAUUCAAUUAACUAGUCAACAAUUUUAAUAAGAAUGACAUAGGGCUACAGUUGACCUCCAUGAUAGAUGAGCAUGAAUUGGAAUUACUGGACCUUAAAAUCCGACUAACAAUGGAUGGCCAAGUCACCACGGAACUUUUCUGAAAAAUCACUGCCACUAAUAACUUAUUACAUUGGCAGAGCCAUCACCCUUUCCACCUGAGAGCAGGAAUUCCAUAUGGUCAAUAUCUUAGAGCAUGAAGAAAUUGUCCAUCUUUCAAAAAGAAGCAAAAGAAAUAAAACAAAGAUUUAAGGCACUGGGAUACCUGAAAAGGGUUCUAAAUAAGGCAUAUCAAAGAGUUAACACUAUGGAAAGGUCCACAAGUUUGAGGACCGUAAGACCCAAAUCCACAGACAAACAAAUACGUUGCAUAGGAACAUACGAUCAACACUUGCUAACAUAAAUAUUCUCUAAAAAUUUUAAGACACAAUCAGAACCUACAAGAAAAAAUGUCACCGUUCCCUAGUAUAAUGGCGUGGAGACCAAAAAAUCUAGUACAGAGCCACCUUGAACCAAUACCGAACCCGAGACAUGGUUGACUCAGGCUAGAUGAAAAUAUAGAUGCAGUAGGUGCAAAGCAUGUGAGUUCAUAAGGCCCUCUAAGAUAAUUGAGUGCUCUAGAACCCAAUACAGGAUUUCAUUAAUUGCAGCACCACACGGGCUGUAUACAAUAUUACAUGUAGCUGCAACUUAUAGUAUGUAGGCAAAACGUAUCAGCAACUGAGAAGAAGAAUUCUCCAACACAUAAACUCAGUUACCAACCCAAACUUGUCGACUCCCAUAUCUAAUCACAUCCAAAGGGUACAUGAUGGAGAUCCAUCUCAUUUAAAAGUUCAAGCAAUUGAAAAGAGACUUCAAUAUUCGGCUAUUGAAGAGAGAAUCAAAAUGGAUAUAUGAAUUCCAGACAUUAGCCCCUAGGGGUUUGAAUGAAGAAUUCAAUUUUACACCAUUUAUACAUUAAAUCUUCUACAAAAGUAUUAUCUUUCAUCUUACUACUUUCCCUAAUACUAUCAAAUUUCUGUCUAUUUUACUUUGUUCUCAUUAACAGUCUUGGGUUGCAACAAAAGGGAUGUGUAAUUUUUUAAUCACUUAUAUAAAAUCCUUUUCAAUUUGGAUCUUACAAGAUUUUGAUCUAUCUACCCCAUUGACAUGUAAAUAUUUUUUUUACAUAUUUUCUAACUAUCAACUAUAUCCAAUGUGGACACCAGAAUCGUUUUUUGAUCUCAUACAAUUUACCAUAAUAGCAUUUCAUUAUUUUAUCAACUUUCAGAAUUUAACCAAGUUUUCUAAAGUCUACAUAUAUGUUUUAGAUGUUCCCUGGAAUCAUUAAAAAAAUUAAAUAAAACAUUCUUCGAUAAUUCUAUUACUGUAAUCCUAAAAUUAAGUUUUUUUUUUAAUCACUUAUGUGGCGGAACAGACCUCGCCACGUGUUCUUGUAGGGGGCUGCUUGCCCGCCUCCUACCUUCUGACUAUGGCCCUGGGAUAUAGGGCAUUUGAAAACACUAUUUGUGCCCUGUGACAAAACUGGAGAUUGUGCACAAAUAUGACUAUUGUCCAUAUUUUGUAUGAUUCCCUUCGUUUGUUGCACUGUUCCCCAUGUGUUUCAUCUGUUGGUCCGGCUGGAUAGACUACCAAACAAACUGUGGAGUUACUGGGUGGCCACCAUUUCAUGUAUCAGAGGCACAUGGUGAGAACAAUGGAUGAAGCACAUGGUGAGAACAAUGGCUGAUGGACAUUUUAACUCACAGACACUGUUUGGACUUUUCUACACAGUGCCAUCUCGCCGGUAUUUGGUGCACAAAGACAUCGUGCAGUAGUUUUAAACUAUACAACAGGGGACACGUUAUACAGUAAUUAAUUUUCAUAUAGCCUAUAUAUGUUCUGCGGAAUCUGCAUUAAACUGUAUCUUCCAAACUACUGAACUGGGUGAAUUUUGGAUAUGUGGUUCACCCAGAUCCCCCGGUUGCAAGGAUAUAUUUUAUGGGGUUAUUGCAUGUUUUGGGGUCCCUGUGAUAUGUUUUAUAAUACUGUAUUUCUCUGCCUGUGAUAAUUAUAUUGACCAUUGUGUUCAGUAAUCAUAUCACAGGCAGAGGGGAGGAUUUUGUGUGGGAGUGUCUGUGUGUAUUGUAUGGAUUGAUUGGUUGUAUUUCAAAACCCUGUGGGCAGUACUAUGUUUGUGGAUUGUAAAUAAAAGAGGCUGUAUGUGCCAGUACAGUCAGUUCUGCUUUACCUCAAAACAAAGUGUCGUCUCGUUAGUGGGGUAAUUGGAUUGUCUGCUGAUUGCCAGGAGUGUAAGCUGAUUGUAUGCUUUUCCUGUUCAGCUGCUUACAGCAUUCAUAUGCUUGAGCGCAUUUGUGGCGAAACCAACCUCGCCACUGUACACUGGAGAAGCCUGAUUGCUCGCCUGCUACCUUUAGACUAUGGUCCUGCAUUUUAAACUUUUAUUUUACCGGCAGAAAGGUUUAUUCGUGCCUUUCUGCGGACUGUUAAAGCCAUGCUACCCCAGAUAGCCAUGCCAUGGAGCCCAGCCGUAUACUGAAAGACUGUAUGAAAGACUUUGGCUCCAUGGCGAUUGAACUGUAUGUAUGUGAUCUGAGCGCCAUUCGGUAGUAAUGUGUGCUCAGAUCUAAGCUAUCUGGGGAUAUGUAGAAUGUCUAUGUUUUAUGGAAUAAAUAUAACUGUAUGUAAUUUUAUGUCUUUUAUUGUCCUUUGAAUGCCAUGUGGUUAAUGGAGUUUUGCCUCUGUCCUUGGAGAUAAUUUGAUUACUUCACAAUUAUCUCCAGGACAGAGAGGAGGGAUUGUGAUGUAAUUGUGGGUGUGUUUUACGGUUCCCCUGUAACGAUUGGUUGUACUGUGUCCCACCCUGUGGGAUGUCCCCUUGCAUGGGGACUUGCAUAAAAGCCAGUGUGUGGCCAUUACAGAGAGUUCCUGCUUAACCCUCAAAGUGAAGUGUCGUCUCAUUAUUGGGGAAGGAGUUAUGGUAUGCUGUUCCAGUUUGAUUGCCAGGAGUGUAAGCUGAUUGUAUGCUUUUCCUGUUCAGCUGUUUCCAGUAUUCGUGAGUUUCCUGUUCAGGAGUUGGAGAAUUCGUGUAGUUUGCAGUUCGGGAGAUUGGUGCUUGCAGUAGCUGUCUGUGCAUCUGAAAGGGGAAUAUCGCCUAAACGGUUUUUAACCUCUUGUGUGCAAAACGGUCCGUUACAGCAUUCAUAUGCUUCUCCGGUUUGGUGGUUGUGGUGUCUGCUGCAGUGCUUGGAGUCCUCAGGAAGCGCUUGGAGCAUACUUCAACGGAGGUACCCAGUCGGGGUGCCAGGUGAUCCGUUACCACUUAUAAUCCUUUUCAGUUUGGAUCCAACUAGAUAAUUUACAAAUUAUUUUAUACCACCAUCAACUAUAACCAAUGUGGACACCAGAAUCAGUUUUUGCUCUCAUACAAUUUACCUUAAGAGUAUUUAAUUAUCCCAUAGUAAUUAUCCACUUUCAGAAUCUAACCAAGUAUUUCAAAGUCUACAUAUACUUUUUACACGUUCCCUUGAACCAUUUAACUGCAGACAGCAGGGUCACUUGAAGAAUGUGUAACUUUAUUUUGCAUUUCUCUAAUAUAAGAAAGAAGUCUCUCAUUAGCAAUUUGCAAAUCCUGCAUGCCUUGUGGGAGUAUUUCAACCCUGUGGUUUAAAGAGGUAAUUUGGGAAUUCACAUCUGCCAGUUCCAUUUUGGGGUUUGGUGAUUCUGUUAUGCUACUUGGGUUAUUUGGAUUGGAACUCAACUGCAGCUUGUAGAACUCCUUAAUUACAAUAGUAAAGAAACGAAGAAUCUUUAAAGUAUCAAUACUGUAGCUUUAAGAAAAGAGAGGAUUGCUGGCAAUUUGAGAAUCAAACAAAGUUUUAAUGAUUGAUAAACUUAAAUGAAUUGCAUAUAGGCAAUAAUCCAAUAAGAAGAAAGUGCAGCUUAGCAAACAAUACAAAGUUCAUUAAUAAGUAUUUCCUCAGAGAAGUUUUUAAUAAGAUUCUUUAGGUUGCUGGGAAUAAUCUUUAAUAGAAACAUUAAGCAGGUAGCAGAGAGUAUCUGCAAAGCAAGAAACAGUUCAUAGUAAAUAAGCAUGAUGGGAGUGGUCCUCCAUAUAAUUAGUAACUUAAAGCAGAGAAGAUUUGAGCAAGCAGGAAUUGGUUCAUUAAUAAAUGAUAUUGCAGACAAUAGUUGAAAGAUAUACUUAAGGUUAAGGUGAGUUGUCCUCCAAGAGUUCAGAGUUAUAGUCCACUUGUAAAUUAGCAAAGUAUCCGUUCUCCAGUAAUCCUCUAUGGCAUGCAGCAAUCCUUGCACUCGCUCAAAGGCUAGGACGGCUUGUCAGAGCUUGUGGAGCCGGCGUGUAUACCCGGAAGUAGGUCCCACAAUCACCAAGCGCCGUCUCCCUAAGUACUGUCAGAGCCGCGCCAGAAGGGGACGGGGCCGGCUCUGCAAUGCGGAAGUGCCGAACCCGGAAGAGAUACCGCAUGACACUUGGACACUUACAUAACGGACCCUUAUAGAUGACAGAAAUUAUAGAAAUUACAAAAAUAAAAUUAGAUGAAAUGUAAUAAAAUAGAUUGUACUGCUAAAUAUAAUACAUCAUAAUGGAUACAGUAUAUGACACUAUGUAUAUCGAGAGAUCCACAUUCCAUUCUAAAAGAGAACACACAUGUUAGUGUUUUAAAAUUCAAUAAAUGUUUGCAAGAAAUAUGAAUAUAUAAUAUAGAAUAAAUGAAAUAUAGAAUAUAAAUAUAUGACAGGGCCAUUGAAGGGAUUUUUAAGAUCCCGAGCGCACAGCCCAUUACAAGACCCUACACCAUCAGAUUGAAGGAGAGAGUCUGGCACCUCCAGAAGACGUGAGAGACUUUACAUAUACAAUCUGGGAGAAAUAAAGGCUUACAACGACUAGAGGGAUCUACUAUUACACCACGACUUAUACAUCAAUAUAUACAUACUGUCUGAAAACAGGACCCAUACCUUUGGAGAAUGUGGUGAGAUCCACCCACAUAUUGUAGUGUGUACACACUGGGACUGUAUAUACUUAUUUUUUCUUUUUUUGUAUUUUUUCACUUUUUUCACUUUUUUUCAUUUUUUACUUUUUGAUCUUUUUUUCUAUUUUUCUUUAUUUUUUUGGUUUUCUGUCUCUUUUUUGCCCUUUUUUGGAUGGUACUUUUGGACUCUAAGAUAUAGUAAUACAGUUCAGCAUUUUUUUGAUGAUUUACAGAUAUGUGGUUAGGGAUCUUUAGUUACAUGGAGUUUUAUUAGUAGGCGCAUAAUGUACUGUUUCUACUAAUACAUAUCGUGUGAUUUAAGUGUAUAUAUCAUCAAAUUUUCUGAUUCUAGAGUAUAUAUUAUCAAUUCUUUGUAAUUAAUGAAUUAUAUUCAAAUAACAUAACAAUGAAUUAUUAAAUGAAGCAAUGAAUUCUAUCUGAAGUUUUUGAGUGCAGUAUCAUUUUGGUAUUUUGUAUAUUUUAAGGCAUAUGGGCCACCUAGAUACUUUGCACCAAUACGGAUAAAAGAGUGCCUGUACAUAUAACUUUUGUGUGUGUGUGUGUGUGUGUGUGUGUGUGUGUGUGUGUAUAUAUAUAUAUAUAUAUAUACAAAUACAUCAUAUUCCGGCCCCGGUCUCAUUAAGCUGCGCUCUGGGGCAGGGGAGCAGAGGCAGAACAGCCAGCUCCCUCUGCGGCCACCAAAAGAGCUCCCUCUGCGGCUGCAAGAAGAGCCAGGUCCCCCCAUGUGGCCGCCAUCAGAGCUCCCUAUGCGGCUGCCUUCAGACUGAGCUCCCCAUGCGGCCGCCAGCACACAUACUGUCUGAAAACAGGACCCAUACCUUUGGAGAAUGUGGUGAGAUCCACCCACAUAUUGUAGUGUGUACACACUGGGACUGUAUAUACUUAUUUUUUCUCUUUUUGUAUUUUUUCACUUGCUGUAAUGCUUUAUAAUUUAAGAGAGUGUCCUCUUUUCCAUUUUGCAAAAAGUGCAGAUUUUAAUAGAAAUUGGCAUUUUUAUAAAUUAACUUUGUUAAACCCCUCGUUCAUGAAUCAGACAACUGGGUCCUGCUACUUCCUGGUUGCUUAGUGCAGUGGAGCUAAACUCAAGAAGCUGCAAUUACCCAGAGCUACUGCCUUGCAAAGACAUAUCAUUGAGCUGCUUUGGAAUAUCUGUGAUUGGACAGCCACAAAAAGGUCUGUGUGGGGGAAGAAGGGGAGGGCUUUCAAAGGCAGCAGAUGAGAAAACUAUAGUUUUUGAAAUACCUCCAAUAAAAAAAAUGUAUUAUAAUUGCAUGCAUUUUUCAAUUGGGAGUAUAUGUACUAACAGUGAUUUUAUAUAUGUUUUAUAUUUGGACAGUGGCAUAUGCCUUUAAGGGUAAAACAGUCAAACUCUAAGUGAAAAUUAUUUUUUCUAAUGACAUCUAAUGUAAUCGUUUGAAAUUCUCUUCACUUAAAUUAACUUCACCUUGAAAUCCUUGCAAUUCACAUGUUAGAGCAUAGCCUUGUAGUUUGUACAGUGUCACAAAGGCCUUUUUAUUAUUUAUAAAUAUGGUGAAAUAGGUUCAUCCCACAAGAGAACUGUUGCCAUAUGGAAUUAAAUAUAUUUUUAUUAUGCCUACAUUUUUUUUAAUUUUAUUUAGAUUUACACAUGAUUCUAUAAUACCAUUUCAAAUAGUAUUGGAUGGAUAUGGUACUCUGUCAAGGCUAAUUAUAGCUACAUUUAAAAAUACUAAAUAAUAGAAGAUUAAUAUAUUUUGCUCCCCAGAUCAUUCUAUUCAACGAGAAACAAUGCUUGUUAACCCCAGCAUUACUACACCAUCAAGUGCUUUUUCUAGAAUAUAAAAUAAUUAGCACAGGGGUACACUGACAAAUUGUUUUGCUAACGCCAAAUGCAGAGCUUUGUAAAUUGCUUACUUAUUAAUUUUUGUUUGCCAUGUGCCUUUGUCUUAAAGCCUCUGAAAUGUUAUUACACAGAACCCCAGAACAGUGGUACCUGUUGAUAGUGAUGCUGACAGCAGUUAAAGGGACACUAUAGUCACCUGAACAACUUUAGCUUAAUGAAACAGUUUUGAUGUAUAGAACAUGCCCCUUCAGCCUCACUGCUCAAUCCUCUGCCAUUUAGGAGUUAAAUUCCUUUGUUUAUGAACCCUAGUCACACCUCCCUGCAUGUGACUUGCACAGCCUUCCAUAAACACUUCCUGUGAAGAGAGCCCUAUUUAGGCUUUCUUUAUUACAAGUUCUGUUUAAUUAAAAUUUUCUUAUCCCCUGCUAUGUUAAUAGCUUGCUAGACCCUGCAAGAGCCUCCUGUAUGUGAUUAAAGUUCAAUUUAGAGAUUGAGAUGCAAUUAUUUAAGGUAAAUUACAUCUGUUUGGACGUGAAACCAGUUUUUUUUUUUCAUGCUGGCUCUGUCAAUCAUAACCAGGGGAGGUGUGGCUAGGGCAGCAUAAACAGAAACAAAGUGAUUUAACUCCUAAAUGACAGUGAAUUGAGCAGUGGAAUUGCAGGGGAAUGAUCUAUACACUAAAACUGCUUUAUUUAACUAAAGUAAUUUAGGUGACUAUAGUGUUCCUUUAAAGAAUGAAGUACAAACUAUACUCAUAAUACUGAGACACACAAACCCCUAACAACAAUUGUAGGAGAAAGGUGCAGUAGACAAUUCAAAACCUACACUUUGUUGCACAAUAAAAAUGAAAAAACAAAAAAACACAUUUGACUGAGAUUAUUAUGUAGAUAUUCAAAGACGUGUGUUUUUUUUUUCAACCAACAUUACUAUGUAACAAUAAUCCUUCAGUUAGUAGAUUCUUGUUUGAUUUAGAUAUUGUUUUACAUUAUUUCACAGUUAUGUUCUUUCAUGUACGGAUCUGGAUGAGAGUCAAACAAGUGUUCGGUAUCUUUGUUAGUAAUGUUCCCAUUGUCUUGCACCAAGUGGGAGAUAUCCUGAACUUUAAACACAUGUGGGGUUAUUUACAAACUUUCCCUGUGUAAUUUUGAUCUCUGACGCAGGUGUAUUUUAUUACAAGCAAUGUAAAUGACGUGUUACAUCUUAGUUCAGUUAUACGUUCAUGUAAAAUUUUAUAAGCUAUUGUCAUGUCCUUUAAACUAGCAAUGCAUAUCAAAGGAUUUCUACGUUUCUGCAAUAAGAAAAAAACAUUUUGAGAUUUUCUACUAUGUGACAAUGCACCACAGCCUAUAAUAUGGUAAGUCACUUUUGAUAUAAAAAGAGACCAUAACAAAAAAGAUGCAAUCCCAUGCAUAACCUAAAGAACUCACGUAAAAUGUCAAUGUUUUACAUGUAUUUUUUUUUUAGUGCAAGACUUGGGUGCUCUGAAUUUGGUUUUUAUUUUACAAUUAUCUUUCCAAACAUCAUUGUUUUACAAUUUAAUUGUGUGUGUGUGUGUGUGUGUAUGUGUGUGUGUGUAUAUAUAUAUAUAUAUAUAUAUAUAUAUAUAGAGAGAGAGAGAGAGAGAGUAAAAAAAUAGAUAUAGUGUGCGUAUAAUUUUUUUUUUUUUAAAUAUUAUUAUAUCAAUUUUUUUAUUAAUUUAUUUAGUUUUAAUAAUAAUUUACAAAGGACAUGUGAAUGUGAAUAGCAGAAUCAUACGAGAAAUACACAAUUCACAAUUAGUGGAUACAGUACAUAUGGUAACAUAUACAUGAUACAAGUAAUAAGAAAAUAAGCUGACAUACAAAAAAUAAAAGAUAACUAAUAGUAAAGUAGUCUAAUAUCAGAAAAUAUUGUUUAGCUUAGGACUGUUACUGCUCAAGUUUAUAUCCAAAUGCAGAAACUUUUUUUUUUUUACAAUCUUUAUUUAGCAUUUUUCAGACGUAAUGGAACAAUAAUAUGGAAAAAGUAAAGGACAUUCUAUCAGCUUUCACAGUGUUUAGUCAUCAGAGAACAAAGUAUGUAACAAAAUCAUGGGUACAACAGUAGAGACAUAUAGUCCAUGAACUUACUAUAGAAAUCUUAAAUAUGUAGGGGCAAGCAUGUCAUUCACAAUCACUUUCUAUGUAAGAAGCGAAGGAAAAGUGUAGUUGUAGCAUGUACCAAGACAUAGUACGGAUUUUCUUUUUUGGGUGUACGUGUAUAUGGGUUGAGUGUAGAUGUAUUUGUCUCAUAGAAAAAGGAAUGCAUGGUACGUGAUCACUUUGCUUGGUGUGACGUGGUCUUAAAUUAGAGGGACAAAGGUUUAAAAAUAAUCAGGAAGUAUUACUUUACUGAGAGGGUAGUGGGUGCGUGGAAUAGCCUUCCAGCUGAAGUGGUAGAGGUUAACACAGUAAAAGAGUUUAAGCAUGCGUGGGAUAGGCAUAAGGCUAUCCUAACUAUAAGAUUAGGCCAGGGACUAAUGAAAGUAUUUAGAAAAUUGGGCAGACUAGAUGGGCCGAAUGGUUCUUAUCUGCCGUCACAUUCUAUGUUUCUAUGUGUGUGGUCAUCCAAUUCAUUAUGCAAUAGUUAAGCAAAUUUCUGAAGCAAGAGUUACAUUUUGGGUGCUUUGUUUUUGAUACAGACCUGAAGGUUUGUAUUCAAAACAAAGUGCUUUAUAAUUGUGUUUACAUUCAUAAAUUAAAAUAAGAAAAUGUAUGCUUAAUUUUUAUUAAAUGCAGGCUUUUUGUUAUUUUUUUUACAUUGGAAUCGUUGCAAGGGCUCCUUUCUAUGAUUAGUUGCAUUUUUUAAUUCUUAAAAUAAGAUAUGAGAUAAUGAAGAGAUCCUGUUUUGUGGAUGGUGGGUGUGUUGCUUUUUUGGGAAGUGAUGCUUGAUGGGUGAGGUUUUGGUUCCAUUCCAUUAUCCUAACUAUUGGUCAUGCAGUCAUUGCUAUUUUUUAGUCUUGUUCUUAAUUUGUUCUUAAUGCUGCAGUGAUGCUUCCAGUAAUAUCUGUGUAUUAUCUGUAUGUGGGUGGAAAUGGGUGUGGAGGGGCUGAUCACCAUAGAGAAUAUAAUACAGUAUGUGUUCUAAGAUUUUUAGCCCCCAGUUAAAAGUAAAACACAUAAAAUAAUCUCACUUUACAUCUGACGGUUUUCCAGUCUUGCAGGGCAGUUGCUCCUCUUCUUCUGACAUCAUCAUUACAGAUGACUUCUAGUCCAAUCCAAUGCUUUUCUAUCUGCAGCAUAAGGGCCCUAUGGUGCAUGUGUGGCGGUCGCCAUGGUCAGCCAUGUGUGGUUGCUUCUAAUAGAGAAGCAUUGAAGCCAGUGCUUCUGUGUGAGAAUCAUUCCCAGUGUUCCAUGAUUUUCUGUGAAAAUGUGGUCACUUUCAAUAACUGAAUGUCUUCAUGAUGAAGUGCCUGUAGUGGUUGUUUGAUUGGAACCACUAGAGACGUUACUAGUGAUACCACUCACAAAUGGAAAUGCUUACAUGUGUAAGAAUGCAGGGUCAGGAUCUUUGCACCUAAACCACUAAAUUAAGGUGUAGUGAUUUUGGUGAUUGGAGUGUACCUUUAACCCACGUUAUUAAUUCCAGCACUGGUGAAAAAACUAUAAUACAUACUAUAAAGACAAUCUGUGAAGGAAUCAAAAACAUGAAAGUACUCCAUCCAUCUAUACAUUUAUUUUUACAUAUAGUUUUUAAUUUGAACAAACCAAUAUACUGCUGACAAGCUAGAGUAAUUGAAUAUUUUAUAUUAUUAACAUGCGUAUAUUUUUGCUAUGAUGUGGCUAAUUGUUAUUUGUGUCUCUAGUAGGUGAUGGGGUAGGAAUACAGCAGAAAUGAGGAAAAAUUGGUGCAUCAUGCUGGUAGGGAUGAUGCUUCUCAUCUUCCUACCUGGAGGUAAGUUAAAGAAGAUGUUACAGACAGAGUUCAAGGGAUAUGGGGAUUCAGCAGGAAAUAAUGUGAUUGCUCAUGUUUAAAUAUUGGAGGAAUAAUAGAGAAUUGGUUUUAGUGAAAUGGUAUAUUGAAAGAGGUGGAAAGUGAUUUUUGAAAAUAUAAAAUAAUUAACAGGUAGGACCUGAUUUAUGACCCAAAUAACGCUAUACAGAAGGCAAGAGAAACUGCCUGCUGUACCCACCACAAAAAGGUGCAACCACCCCCAAAUUUUAAAAAAUGCAAUUUAUUUUGGAAUUUUAAUAGUGCAUGCAUGAUAACAGAGGGGGAGUGACAUUUUGCCACAACAUUCAAUUGUUUAAAUUAUAUACAGUAUCUCACAAAAGUGAGUACACCCCUCACCUUUUUGAAAAUAUUUUAUUAUAUCUUUUCAUGUGACAACACUGAAGAAAUUACACUCUGCUACAAAGUAAAGUAGUAAAUGUACAGCCUGUAGAUCAGUGUAAAUUUGCUGUCCCCUCAAAAUAACUCAAAACACAGCCACUAAUGUCUAAACCGUUGUCAACAAAAGUGAGUACACCCCUAAGUGGAAAUGGCCUAACUGGGCCCAAAGUGUCAAUAUUUUGUGUGGCCACCAUUAUUUUCCAGCACUGCCCUCAUGGACCAUGCAGUUCUCCAGAGCUUCACAGGUUGACACUGGAGUCCUCUUCCACUCCUCCAUGAUGACAUCAUGGAGGUAGAUGUUAGAGACCUUGCGUUCCCCCUCCUUCCAUUUGAGAAAAGCCCACAGAUACUCAAUAGGGUUUAGGUCUAGAGACAUGCUUGGCCAGACCUCCAUCACCUUUAGCAAGGCAGUGGUCAUUUUGGAGGUGUGUUUGGGGUUGUUAUGUUGGAAUACUGCCCUGCGGCCCAGUCUCCAAAGGGAGGGGAUCAUCAGUAUGUCACAGUACAUGUUGGCAUUCAUGGUUCCUUCAAUGAACUGUAGCUCCCCAGUGCCGGCAGCACUCAUUCAGGCCAAGACCAUGACACUCCCAUCACCAUGCGUGACUGUAGGCAAGACACACUUGUCUUUGUGCUCCUCACCUGGUUGCCACCACACACUCUUGACACCAUCUGAACCAAAUAAGUUGCUCUUGGUCUCAUCGGACCACAGGACAUGGUUCCAGUAAUCCACAUCCUCAGUCUGCUUGUCUUUAGCAAACUGUUUGCGGGCUUUCUUGUGCAUCAUCUUUAGAAGAGGCUUCCUUCUGGGAUGACAGCCACGCAGAUCAAUUUGAUGCAGUGUGUGGCGUAUGGUCUGAGCACAGGCUGACCCCCACCCCUUCAACCUCUGCUGGCAGCACUCAUACGUCUAUUUCCCAAAGACACCUCUUGAUAUGACGCUGAGCAUAUGCACUCAACUUCUUUGAUCGACCAUGGCGAGGCCCGUUCUGAGUGGAACCUGUCCUGUGAAACUGCUGUAUGGUCUUGCCCACCGUGCUGCAGCUCAGUUUCAGGGUCUUGGCAAUCUUCUUAUAGCCUAGGCCAUCUUUAUGUAGAGCAACAAUUCUUUUUUUCAGAUCCUCAGAGUUCUUUGCCAUGAGGUGCCAUGUUGAACUUCCAGUGACCAGUAUGAGAGAGUGUGAGAGCGAUAACUCCAAAUUUAAUACGCCUGCUCCCCAUUUACACCCGAGACCUUGUAAAACUAACGAGUCACAUGACACUGGGGAGGGAUAAUGGCUAAUUGUGCCCAGUUUGGACAUUUCCACUUAGGGUCUACUCACUUUUGUUAUAUACACCCAUAAUUGGAAAACCUCACUGUCCCUGCUUGUUGCUAGUCUAGUCAGUUAAAACAGAGUUAAAAAGUUAAAACUGUGCGUGGUGAAAUGGCUCAUUGUAUAGAGUUCCAUUUACAUGAUGCCAUAAUCAUUUUAUUUGUGGAAUAGUUGUCUCAUCAUUUCAUCCUUCUAAGGAUGAUUAAUUAAAGGAACACUACAGGCACAAAAACAUCUUAAAUAUCUUAGCGUAAUGAAGCCGUUUUAGUGUAUGCAUUAUGACCCUGCAGUCUCAUUGCUCAAUUCUCUUCCAUUUAGCAGUUAAAUCCCCCCCUCACUCACCUUCCCGGAUGUGACUCACAAAGCCUGCAUGAAAAAUGUUUUGUUUUCAAUCUGAUGUUAACUUGCUUUAGAGGUUUUUAUCUCCUGCUCUGUAAAUUUAACUUUAAUCACACACAGUAAGCUGCAGGGUCUAACAAAGCAGGAACUAAGAAAUCAUAAAUUAAACAGAAUGUGCAAUAAAAAAUACAAUUUAAAGGGGCACUGUAGGCACCCAGACUACUUCAUCCCAUGCAAUGUUCCUGUCCCCUUAACACUGCAUGUUAAUUAUUAGAGUCACUUACUGCUUGCUAGGCAACAUUUGGUCGCCUAACUGAAGCUGGACGCCCUCACUCCCUGCAUGAGGACAUCCAGUGUCAGUAAAAUUACCAUAGGAAUGUGUGUGAGUGCCUAGAGAGAUUGGCGCUGGAAUCAUUUGAGUACAGUAAGGGUAAAAACACUAUAAAGUAAGAGUAAAAACACUAUAGUAUUCCUUUAAACAUUAGAUCUGUUUUUAGGAAGACUGUGCAAGUCACAUUCAGGGAGGUGUGACUAGAGCUGUACAAACAAAGUGAUUUAACUCCUAAAUGGCAGAGAAUUGAACAGUGAGUUACUAUAGUAUAAAUACCACUAACUUGGAUCAAUAUAUAAAAUAUCCCAGGAUGUACUGGGUCCAAACAUACAUUUCCUCUUAACAUUUGUGUAUGAUUGUUUUAAGAAUUCUCCCAUGAAUUGGGAAGAUGCAAACUAUAUGGCUUUAUUUCUAAAAAUGUCCUCCUUACCUGUGGUUUUUGAUCGUCUUCACUCAAUCACGUCCUGUCAUCAUUAUCCCCAUCAUCUUAAAUAAUUUUCUUGGAUUACAUCACUUGGUGGCAUUUUAUGCUCUUAAUGGCCUUAUUGUAUGUUUAUUUUUCUCCCAUUAGAAUGUUUUGUUUUUCAAGUUGUGCAAUAUAUGUAUGCAGUUAUUUUCUUCCAUAUGAGUAUGGUGUAUACAUUAUACUAAUCUGGAUUCAGUAUACUAAUCUGAAAACAUUAAUUCAUUAUUGUUCAAUAACUUGCAUAUUGUAUCAAUAUCUAUAGCUGAAACUAUAUUUCUUUUUUACUUUUUAUCACUUGUUUUAUAGGUAGCCAAUCUUGCGACUCUAUUACUGUAAAUUCUCCAUUAAUCUUUGGAUCCCGUCUCACUGCAACCUGCACCGUGAGCAGGACACUGUGUCGUGGUUUAGAGGAAGAUGAGUUCCAAUUUAAAUGGAAGCUAGACAAUGAUUUCAUCCCAAGCUCGCAGUACAUGCAUCCCUUCAAAAAUACAACCACAGUAACUCUUGACAACUUCAACAAAUCAUCAGCACUGCUUUCUUGCUAUAUUAUUGGAGCCAGCAAGCGAAUGCAACUCAUUGACAGAAAAGAUGUUAAAGCUGGCUGUGAGUAUUAUGAUCACAUUUUAGUUACUAUCAUUAGGUUACAUUAUAAAUUAGAAUAUUGGAGGGUAUGUACUUAAAGGGAUACUAUAGUGCCAGGAAAACAAACCCGUUCUCCUGGCACUAUAGGUUCCUACAGUGCCCCCCGCCCUCGGGCCCCCUCCCCUCCCACAGAGCUGAAGGGCUUAAAACAGUCGCUUACCUGAAUCCCAAAUUUGUCUAGAAAUUAUGAAGUGCCUCUAGUGGCUGUCUGAUUCACAGUCACUAGAGGCAGUCUUAGUAAUGUCAUCAUUGCAGUUUCUCUAUAAUUUCAAUGUUUCACAUGUUUUAAAUAUGACAGGGGCACUGCACGCAGGCUACUUCAAGGAGAUGAAGUGGUCUGGGUGCCUAUAAUGUCAUUUUAAUGUGGGAAACUUGCCAUCAGUCAGCUCAAGGACUUGGAAUUCUUGGAGCUCCAAAAUGCACGAAAAGGGAUACUGUUCCCCUGGCUCAUUGGUAGCAUUUGUUCGCGAGGUCCAUGCAAACAAACGUACCGAACAGUGCUCUCCUGGUGUGCGCAUGAAUUGAAGCAGGCAUUUGUAAAGUUUUACCGGUGUUCCAUCUCGGAGUUCCAGACACUCGACAACCAAGUCCUGCUGACUGUUUUUGUGCGACAAGAUGACUGCCGUUUUCUCGGUUGUACGAACAGUGGCCACUGGAAAGAGCACUUAAUUCUUGGGGUCACUUUGUAUUUAAUGAGCCAAGGGUGGUCAUGUUCGGUACUUUUUAAUACCGAAUGGGAGGGACAAAGUUAGAGACAAAGUUUAUACCAGUUUCCCGGAUGGGGUAUGAGCACAGCAAAAGAGAGCAAAAAUAGGAGUUUUGUCAUGAUGCCAUUUAAUGUUAAUUCACUGGUUAAGGUUAAGGACCCAUCAAGAGCAGUAUGAUAUGUAGGGAUGGGUGUUAUUCUUGUAAUUUGAUCAUGGGGAAACAUUUGAACCAUAAGUAAAUAUCAGAAUAUGCUCUUUAGUACAGGAAAAUAUGUAUUUAAAAAUUUACUUCUCCUUACUAGAUAUAUAAAGACUUUAAUAUUAGCCACAUUUAAUGGUUUAAUUUCCACUUUGACUUAAAGGGAAUCUAUAGCAUAAGGAAUACAAAUCGGUAUUCCUAACACUAUAGAGCCCUCUGGUCCCCCUCUCCAUGUGGCCAAACACACUGGCCAGUAAUGGGUUAAAGGGUCCCUCAGCACUGGGUUGUGGUUCCACCUCCUCUGAUGUCAACCAAUUAGGGGGUAUUGCGAAUGCGAGGUGAGCGCCUCACAUCAGUGUUUUCACUGAUGCUGGAUGUCCUCAUGCAGAGUGUGAGGACAUCCAGUGCCAGUUAGGUGACCAAAAGUCUGGUAAAAUCUUGGAAGACCCUCUAGUGGCUGUCUGGUAGGCUGUCUCAGUGCUGCAAUGUAAACAUUGCAAUUUCUCAAAAACUGCAAUGUUUUACAAUGCAGAAUUUGACAGGGACAUAGCACCCAGACCACUUCAAUGAACUUAAGUGGUCUGAGUGCCUAUAGUGUCCCUCUAAAGGAAAUUGUGUUCUGAUAUUGUAUCUGAUCGAAUUUUUUUGUAAACUCUUAGUAUUGUAUAGAAAUCACCUUUUAGAAAAUGAUGUUAUUUAGCACACAAUGUAAAUAUGUCCUUGUACUGUGUCGCAAAUCUUUCUCUUCACUUUCUAGACCCACCUUCUCCUCCCACCAACCUCUCCUGUCUGAUGAAUCUCUUUGAUGACAAAUUGAAUUGUACAUGGGAGCUCGGGAAAGACCCUCUCAUUCAGACUAAUGUCACUCUCUCAAGUAUCAAGUAAGUAGUAAAGGUGAAUAAGUUAAGUAAAUAAAAUUCUUACUUCUGUUCAAGAUUGCAAACUUCAUGCUAUCAGUUCAUAGAAAAUAAUUACUUUUGGUAUACUUAAAAUAAUAAGAAAAUAAUUACAUGAAGUAUGUAGAACACAAGUGUUUUUAGGGAUUGGCCUUAGCGGCUAAAUCUCCAUAUGUGGGGUUCAAGGGAGUCCAGAGUUCCUAACAACCAAUUUAAGCAUGGAGACUAUUUAUUAUCAUUUGUGGUCUCAGGGCCAGGGGAGGACUGAGCACUCGGGCAAAUCAGUCAUGUACAGAGGGCCAGAGGCUCUGGGGGGCCCGUCCGAGGUGAAGUGCAGUAAUGGCUGAGCUGGGGAGUUAAACUAUCUCCCCAGCCAGCCUGCACUCAAUAAGGGGCCCGCACAGCUCUCCGUGGGCCCCUGCUGCAAAAAAUAUUUUCCCCCAUGCAGGGCACACUGAAGGACAGCUAAGGAGCCUUCUCAUAUACCCUCCUAGGCUGCCCUGCAGUGUGCCUAUCUCACUGGGCUGCCUGUAACACUGAUCAGGGCAGUUCCGUAAGGGUUGUUCUCAGGAAGUGACAUCAUCAGUCACAGUGCGGAGCUGCCUUAAUCAGGUAGCAUGUCAUGAUCCUGUGCCCUGGAGUGGUGAGGGACUUUUCAGGAGAGGAUUUCUGGACCACCAGGGAGGUAAGAUUUAAUUUUAAUUUUAUAAUCUCCCCCACUACCGCCCCCAUCACUGCCCUUAUACCCCCUAUACAUUUACACUAACUACAACUCCUAUCAUCCCAAGCCACCCUCUACAGCCCUUCACCCUCUGCAGCCCCUACCCCCUAUUGUCCCCUGCAGCCCCCACUACUGCCCCUUCACAGUCUUUAUAGCCCCAAACCCCCUAUACAUUUACACUAACUACAACUCCUAUCAUCCCAAGGCACCCUUUACAGACCUUACACCCCCUACCCCCUGCUCUCCCCUGCAGCCCCUACCCCCUUCAGCCCAUACCCCAGAGAUAGCAGGAGACCAUAAAGCCCAUAUCCCCUAUUCUCCCCUUCAGUCUCUACCCCCUGCUCCCUCUGCAGCCCCUACACCCUCUGCAGCCCCUACCCCCACUCUCCCCUGCAGCUCCUACCCUCGCUCUGCUCGCUCUGCACCCACUACACUCCCUGCAGCCCCUACCCCUGCUCUCCCCUGCAGCUCUCUACCCCCUGCUCCCCUGAAGCCUCUACCCUCAUCUCCCUCUGCACCCACUACACCCAUUGUAGCCCUUACCCCCUGCUCUCCCCUGCAGCCUCUAGCCCCUGCUCCCUCUACACCCACUACACCCCCUGCAGCCCCUACCCCCUGUUCUCCCCUGCAGCCCCUACCCCCUGCUCUCUCCUGCAGCCCCUAUCCUAUAUACUCCCUGCAGCCCUGACCCCAUGCUCUCCCCUGCAGCCUCUACCUUGCUCCCUCUGCAGCCCCCCCUGCUCCCUCUGCACCCACUACACCCUCUGCAGCCCCCUGCUGCUAUCUGCCUGCAGCCCCUAGCCCUCCUCCCUCUGCAGCCCCCCCCCUACUCUCUUGCAGCUCCUACCCCCUGCUCUCUCUUGCAGCUUCUACCCCUGCAGCUCCUACCCCUGUUCUCCCUGCGCCCUAACCCCUGCUCUCCCCUGCAGUCUCUACCCCUGCAGCCCCAACCCCCCUGCUCCCUCUGCACCCACUACACCCUCUGCAGCUCCUACCCAUUGCUCUAUUGCAGCUUCUACCCCCUGCUCUCUCUUGCAGCUCCUACCCCCUGCUCUCCCCUGCAGUCCCUACCCCCUGCAACUCCUAUCUCUGUAGCCCCUACACCUUGCUCUCCCCUACAGCCCCUACCCCCUGCAGCCCCUACCCCAUGCUCUCCCAUGCAGCCCCUAACCCCUGCUCCUCUGCAGCCUCUACCCCUGCUCCCUCUGCAGUCCCUACCCCCUGCACCCACUAACCCCUGCAGCCACUACCCCCUUGCAGUCUCUAUGAGGAGAUGAUGAUUGUUGCAGUGUAGAGUCUUGCCGCGCAUGCACAAUCGCCUUCCAGUGCAUUCCUAUGGUAAAGCUGAGAUCAUCUAAAUUUAUGAACUCUGCCAAGGAGGUGGAGCAGGGGCAGCGCAGCCACAAGUUUGGACGGCGCUGGAAUAAAGGGGAGUAAAACACCUUUUUUAACGGUUGCCAAUAAACCUAUAGUUUCAGGAAUACACGUUUGUAUUCCUGACACUAUAGUGUUCUUUUAAGGUGGCUCAUAACAUUUAACACUUGGUUUGUAAUUUAAGAUGCAAAAUUUGGAGGCCUGCAAACCUCAUACAAACACAUUGCCAAAAUUCACAAAUACCCCCUUAUGUUGCCAUGGUACACAAACACACAUAAAACAAAUACAACCCUAUUUACAAAACCAAAAACAUGUAUUCAGGGGGGCUUACAGUGAAUAUACACACAAAAACAUACAUUCACUUUACAUGUACAUACAAUCAAAUACACAGUACCCUACACCAGCAUAUAUAUAUAUAUUGGUCUGCUGGGGGCCCAGGUGCUAUUUUUUCCCAGGGGCCCAGGCCAUUGUCAGUCGUUUGUUUUUUUCCAAUUUGACAAUUUUUAUUGCAUGUACAUGAGGAAGCAAUAUCAUACAUAGGAGGUUCCAGGCACAUUUUAUAGUAGAUGCAGUUAGUGAAUUUCAGGGUAACAAUACAUGCACAACAGUGUCUACAUUGUUCCUCACCAUAAUCUAGUUGGUUCAUGCAGGAUGACAAGCCUUUAUAUAUCAACAAAGCCGUGUCCCAUCUUUUUCUCCCUAAGUUGUAACCCAGGUCCCUUGUCCAUGAAUCCAUGAUUAGUGGGGAUUUCUGUUCUUUAUUUAAUAAUGAAUAGAUAGCGGAGGGAGAUCAUCUCUCUCAAGGAUUUGAGUUUCAAGCAUGUUUGCUCAAAUGAUGACAGAGCAUCUUGGAUCACUUGGGUCCAAUGUGUCAUCCCUAUCUUUGUCAUGUAAGAUUUCAGCUGUAGAUAGGAAAAUAGUGCCCUAUUAGGCAGAUCAAAUUGGGUACGUAUGUCAUCAAAAGAUAGUAGUUGGGUUCCCUUUGUAGAUGUGAUGUAAAUGAGUCCUUCCAUGUCUUAUGUUGAAAUGUGGGAAUUAGGUAGGCCAUAGUAUUCAUUGGUCUUGCCAGGAAUAUGGGGUGGCAUGUAGUUAAUUUGCACAUUGUUAAGUCCCAGGUUCGAAACAGUAGGAGUGUUGGUUUUUAGCAUAUGGGGGAGUUUGGGUCUAGAAUAUACCGUAUGUACAGCGUUUAUGAAGGGUAUUGGGAAUUGGAAUUUUGUACAGCAUCUAGUAAUGGCCAACUGAGGCAGUCAAAAGCCUUUUGACGCAUCUGUGAAGACCAAAAGGUCCCUGCUAUUAAGUUUUUGAUGCUGUGAAUAAGGUCAGUAACUUUGCGGGUGUUAUCCCACCCCUGCCUCCCCUAGGGGAAUCACACUUGGUCUCCAUGGACCAGUGAUGGGAGAAUCAUAUUAAGUCUCCACGCUUGGAUUUUAGCAUAUAAUUUGGUGUCUGUGUUCAGUAAUGAUGUGGAGCGGAUGUUUUGGCAUGUCGUUGGGGGUUUCCCUGGCUUUGGGAGUGUUACUAUAUGCGCAAACAGUAGCUCCUGUGGUAAGGUAGCAGAGAGGGAAGCAUGAUCGAAUGUUUGGGCUAAAACUGGUGCGAAGGUCUGAGAAAACAUUUUGUAAUAUAGGUUAGUAAAGCCGUCAGGGCCGGGUGCCUUGUUGGCUGGUAAAGUGGCUAUGGCGUAUGCUACUUCCUUGGGUGUGAUUGGACCUUUAAAGGAUAUCUUUCUGGGUUUGUGUUAAGCUAGGCAAUUUUAUGUCUCAUCAAUAUUUAGUGAUAGAGUUGGCUGUACAGUAUGUGGGUUUCUCUGUAUAUUAUAGAGUGAUUCAUAGUAUUUAGCGAAUGUAUUGCCAGUAUCUUUUGGUAAAAGCACUUUUUCACCAGAAGGUGUGUGGAGGCUAGUGGCAGUUUUAAUGUCACAAGAUAGCAAUUUGCAGCUAUUAUGUUUUGACACCAGUUUUUUUGUGAGAUUUGCAGAAACCCUUGCAUACUUGCACAAAAAUGAUCUUUUGCAGCGGCUGAAAAGAAACAAAAAACAUUGAAAAUCUAAAUAUUAUCAGGUUCUAAUUCGAUUUAGUGGAUAAUGUAAGUAAUUUUAGUAUGACGGGUCCAUUUUUCUGGUAUUGGUAAAGACUAUAUGACAUAUACAGUUUGUACUAUGAUUUAAAUAUCUAGAAAAGGCAGCAAACCCAAAUCAUCAUUGCCUUUCAAAAUUCAUUGCCUUUCAAAAAGACAACAAAAUCACUGCAAAAAAGGUUUUCAAUGUGCGUAAACAUUGUCUAAAUUGUCAGCCUUCGGUAGUGGCAAUUGAAUUCCAGAGUGGCUUUUUAAAUAACUACCCCUUUUGCCCUAUUACUAAUGUACACUUGGUUUAGCAUAUUAUGAAAGGUGGCCCUGUGGCUGGAUGUGUUAAGCAAAGUCAUUGAACAAUCUAUGAAGAGGAAGUUGAAAUUAAGAUCUGUUGAAAUAGGUGAUGUGUUCAUAAAUGGAAUGUUUUGUUGAAGCAAGGCAGAACCAGAUUUAGGUAGAGUAGGCACCUGUGCACAGGCAGAUGUCCUGUAGGGUUCCCCUGUUUUCAGCUCUUAAAAUAUGCCUUUUUGGAGCUUAGAUGGGCUGGUGGGGAGAGACAAGUAUCAUAAGCCUUGGAAAGUGUCCUCUGAGUCCAGUACUAUUAGCAGAGUUGUAGGAACAGUUAUAGAUGGUAUUAAACUCAGUGCUGUCCUUAGAACUAGUGGUGGUUACAUGGCAUUCUCUCUUUAUAACUAACAUUCACUGGCCAAUCACAAAGUUCUACAUGUGAAUAACUCUCAAAACCAGUACUUAAUAAUGCUUGCCAUAUAACUGUCCCUAAUCAGAUAGACAACCAUUUUUUGUUUUUAAUGCAUCUUUUUUAACUUGUAAUCCACAUUAGUUGUGAGACGUGUAGUUGCAAAUAUUCAAUCUUUAAUCACUUAAAACAACAUAGUGUAAAACCAUACAUAAACGUUACAUAUUGGACUCACAAGUGGAAAACCAAAGAUGUGACUGAAAAGGCUCAUAAAGAGAUCUAUGAGACCUCCAAUGGAUAGUCAGCUUCUGUAUCCUGUGGUCCGCUUUAUCCAGUGAUCCUGCUGAUAGAGGGUCUGGAUCCUGAUCUCUUUAAUAUUGUUAGAAGUCACGGUAUAACACAAGGGUAGCUCCCCUAAAAAAUGGCAUGGCUAUGGACUUUUUGACUAGCUUUACCAUUAAAAUAGCUCAACGCCUUUGUUGAGCAAAAGUUCUCAAAAAAAAGUUUACAAAAAUGGAAAACCCAAACAAAAAAUAGCAUUGCAAUUAUAAUUAUAACAGGCUCUCCUUCUAUAUAACAGGGCCACAUCAAAGUGUGAAGCUUCUCCUGAAGUGAAAGAAAAUAUAAUUCCCAAAGAGUACAAAACGUCAGCUCUUAUCCCCCGUAAACAGUUUAACCUCUACAAGAAACUUGCAGUGAGUGUUACUGUGAAAAAUGCACUGGGAUCAGCGACCUCUACUAUCUGCUUAGUGCCUGGACAUGAAGGUAGGUUCUCAUAUGUGCGUAAUUUCCAAAGUAUAUUAAACAGUGUUUAAUAUAAGCCCAUUCAGCUAAUGACCUGUAAAAAAUGGGGCAUUAAUUCUCGGGAUGAAAAUAUAAUGUUGCUCAUUUGUAACUAAAAGGUAAGACCACCUAAAGAAGUAUAUUAUGGCACUAGAGAAAAAGUGCAGAGGCUGGCUGCAAAAUUAAUAAGGAUAAUGGUAAAUUGUAGUUAUGAAGAAAGGCUAACACAUUUAAAUCAGUUUGUUUUAGUAAAAUGGCACCUUUAGAGGGGAUAUGAGAUAAAAUUUUAUAUAUAUAUAUAUAUAUAUAUAUAUAUAUAUAGUCAAUACAAAUCAUUGUUUGGAAAUCUUUAAAACUGCCUUUGGGAGAGAUGGCGUGGAUCCUUUCUCUUGAGUCUAGUGUGGCUGCUGUGACUGUCAUCUUCUUGCUCUGCUUCCUCAAGUGCUGUUUAGUAAUGCAAGGGCCAUAGUGACACCACAUUCCACCUCCUGUCAUCACUGCAGGGCACGCAAUAGAGCAGAACAAAAAGAGCACUUCCUCACUGAACUUCCUCAAGAAAUCAGCAUACCCUCACCACCUGUCUACAUUACACACAGCCACCCACCUCAGGGUGCCCUAAAUUGGCAAUCAGGCCAGCUCUUGAAACCCCCAUGACAGUCGGAACACAGGUGGCCUGGUCACAGCGGUGUCUGUGCAAGCUUUUGGGGGUGGCGUUUUUUUCCGCCCCCCUGGAAAGUGCCACCCAAGGCAAAUGUUGAUAGAUACUACUUACACUGUUAGUCUUUUGAUAGACACUGAGUGUGUGUAAAUUUGAUUGGCAACUGAAACCGAUCCAGGCUUUAAGCUCUGCCCAUUGUCAAGUUUUGUCAAUCUGACUGCUAUACAUGAAGAAAAGUAGUUGUUAUGUUUUAAUGAAAACUAGAAUGCUCAGGAAAUAAAUAAAAAGAGAUUCAGACAAAGGGAGCUUUAUAGAAAGUAAUUAGAUAAAAUGUAUUUUUGGUGAUAGAGCAACUUUAACUUUCCAUUCAAAAAAAUAAAUUCAAAAGAAAACUAUUUUUUAUAUCUCCAAAUUUAUUUGACCUGUCCAUAAGGUGAAAAAACAUCUCAUCCUAAUUCUUUGCAAUUUUGUGAAAAAGUGAUGUGGUAGCAACUGUUUGUUUGCUGUCCUUUUAGCCUCAUGAUGCUGAAUCAGUAACCAAACUCUAAUUUGUGUUUUAAGAGCUAGUUAGUGUGGAAAUGCUGAUUAAACAACAUCUCUAGUACCAUAGGUUGUAAGUUUAACUACAGCAGCUAGCUAUUUUUACAGACUGGCCACCAAUAACACCUUCUUGCAAAGAUUCCAACCACUUGCAGAUUAGUGACCUGCUGAUAAAGCACAGAAACACACACUGUGAUAGUGACAAUGUAUACAAUGUGUUAAACAUGAUGUUGUGCUAUGCCAUAUAAUAUAUGAAUGGAAAGUUUGUUUAUUUCUACUGUAUGAAUUGUUAUUUAAAUGAUACAUGCACUUUACUUAUAAAAGGAAUACUUUUCUGUUCUAUGUCAAGUAACUGGCCUAUGGUUUAUUAUGCUUUGAUAUGUAUUUUAGGUUUACCUUCAGGUUUUAAGUUUAUUAUGCUUUGAUAUGUACUUUAGGUUUUCCUUAGAGCCUUACCUCCCUGCCAGGGUGGAUUAACAUAGGGGCUGAUGGAGUUGCAGCUCCAGGCCCAUGCCCAUGGAAUAGGUCCAUUGAUUUAAAUAGAUUUUUACGUUUUUUUAUUUUAUUUUAUUUUUUACACAGUACUCUUAGGGUUACCACUUGGCCGGUAUUUAUAUGAGGCUGCACGGCCGGUGCCGAUAUUGCAGUAAUACCAGCAAUACAAAUGCUGGUAUUUUUUUCAGUAUAAUCAGAGAUUACUCUGCAGGGAGAGAGGCAGGGAUAGGAAGUUACAGCGUAUACCUGCAUCUCUCUACUCACUGAUCCACGGCGGAGAAGUAACACAGCACAGAGAGUCCAGACAGGAGCUCCCAGCCUGCAGAGACAGCCUACAGCUCAGGGAAGUGAGGGAUGGGGUAAACAGUGAGACAUGGGGACACUAAGACACUAGGGGAUACUGUGAGACAUGGGGGACACAGGGAGACAUCUGGGGACGCUUUGAAACUUGGGGACACACACACAAAGGGACAAUGAGACAUAGGGACAAUGAGACAUUGGGACACUGGGAGACCUGGGAACACUGAGACACUAGGGGACACUGGGAGACAUGGGGACACAGACACAUGGGAACACACAUGUCUCUCAGUGUCCCUAGUGUCUCAGUGUUCCCAUGUUUCCCAGUGUCCCUAGUGUCUGUGUGCCCAUAUCUCCCAGUGUCCCCAGUGUUUCAGUGUCCCCAUGUCUCUGUCCCCUAGUGACAUGGGGACACUGGGAGACAUGGGGACACAGACACGGGGACACUGGGAGACAUGGGGCACUGAGACACUGUGAUACAUAGGGACACUAUGAUACAUAGUCUCAGUGUCCCCCUGUGUCCCCAAAUCUCCCAGUGUCCCCAAGUGUCUGUGUCCUCAUGUCUCACUAGUGGUUCUGCAUCUGCAGGACUUCGGGACUGGAGGACCGGCCAUGUCCCUAGCCCUGCAUCAACUGCUAGGCCGCAAGUCGGACCUGCUUCGGCUAGCGCUUCUGGAGUGCCUGUAGUGCCUCUGUCCCGUUCCCACUGAUGGCUCUGUGCCUUGGGUGAGUGUGGGGCCCAUUUAACUUGUCUGGGUCAGGGUGAUGGAGGCUUCAAGUCGGCCGCUUGGUGGGAGCUCUGGGUGCCUGCGACUUCUCCGCAUUGCGGUCAAGCUCUACCUUGUUUUCCUUUUUAAACUCACCAUUUCUGCAUUACUCCCAAAUUGUAAGGUUUCCCCUUAUGCUCAAAAAUACUGCUGUCAAUGACUUUCAUCUUUGGGAGUGGUAAUACAGUGCACUUUAAAGAUGGGGAUUUCAACUAUGAUUUUAAAUUAUUUAAUAUUUUUACUCUCUAUUAAUUUACUGGCUGGGGGGGGAGGGUUGUAUUUUAAUGCACUAUUUACAAAAUGCAUUCAAAAAGAAAGCUUCAACCCUGUCCUGGAAUGUACCUUUUAGUGUGUGUAAGGCAGUGUGCUAAUCAAGUAUUUCCUGAAGAACAUAGCUGAAUUGUAGAAAGUUUGUAGUUCAACUAUUGUGGCCAAAAAAAGUAUAAUUUCAUUAGAAUUCUUCCCUGUGUAAAUAUGAUGCAUUAUAAAAUGUCAGUAUCUUUUUUUUCUCAGCCUGCUUUUUUUUUAUUUCAGUCAAGCUAGACCCUCCAGUUAUCGAGGAAGCAACAGCUUCUGUUCCUGGCUGUGUUAAAUUACAGUGGAGAAAUGGCAAGACAGGUUUUUACAUUGUAGAACAGACAUACCAACUGCGCUACAGAAAAGAAGAUGAGAAAAAAUGGACAGAGGUAAGUGACUAUAUUUAGUAUAUAGAUAAUGAUUAAUGAAUUAUGUGUUAAAAAAAGAUUAUGCAAUACAGGAACCUUAAAUAUCCUUGUUAUGUUUUAGGAAGUGUUUAGAAAGGCUGUGCAAGUUACAGGCAGCGAGGUGUGACUAGGGCUGUAUAAAGAAGUGAGUUAACACUUAAAUGGCAGAGAAAUGAGCAGUGAGAUUGCAGAGGCAUGAUCUGUACACCAAAACUGCUUCAUUAAGCUAAAGUUGUUUUGGUGUAGGGGAACAAAAUUGACAAUGAAAUUAGUUAAGGGAAAGCUGUCUGCUCACUGUGCAUUUGCUCUUGCUGCUUCAGUCUCUCUAACACUGUAGCUUUUCCCUUUUCUUCUACACUCACUCCAUCCACCUUUUUUCUGACCCAGACUCCAUACCAGGAUCUUCUGCCUGCUAAUAAAGAGAGGAGUGGACAAGUGAGUGCUAGGGGGACAGACCCAAGAAAGCAUAGUGCCUGUGCAUCUUUAGACACAUUUGUGUCAAGCUCAGGGUGCUGUCUCCAUAGUGCGCCUUUAGUUGGCCAGCCUGCAUGAUUGUCAGGCAGCCUGACAUACAUUCAUGAAGGCUACUUAAAAUCACCUAUCUCAGCAAACAAAUAUAGAGAUUCAGUUCCACCAUAUGGCCACCUUCACAGAACCCCAAUAUCGGUGGUUCCUAUACUAAUUCCAACGUGGGAGACAAAUUAAAUUGUGCUAGUGCUAAAUAAGCUAAAGUGACGCUUCCCAGUUUUAUCUGCACUAUCACUAUGCUAUUCUUAAAAACACACAAAAACUUUUUGCGACAAUAUCGCCGUAGGUUUACUAGCACAUGUUAAAGCAUCAAGACAUAUACAGUUACAAAAAAUCAUAAUGUGUUCACCUACUCACAUUAUGUAAUUGUUAUAUGUAACACUGUCAACUACAAAUAAAGAAUUUUAAAAAAAAUAAGCUAGUGUAUUUUUAAUCUGUUGUAAAAGCAUUGUAAAAAUGCAAAAUUAAUGUGAAAAAAAUGCAGUGUCAAAGCUAAACAAUUGAAGUGAUAGUGCUUUUAUGUAUAUACUCAGAAUGCAUAUCGUAUAUCUGUUCUAUACCAAAUGAAAAUUAUAAUUAAAGGGACAUUACUUUCCAAAACCUCCUUAAACUUGAACUUUUCUGAAGUCACCUCCAAAGGGGCACCUCAACCCAAAAUAAAUCUGGUCUAUACUCCAAACUCACAUAGUAAAAACAAAAAGGGAAUUGGGGAUGCCCUCUUUUGUUUUUACUAUGCAUUCACACCAGACUGAACUUCCAAUUAUUUGCCCUCUUUCUGUCUGUCCACCCCAUUUGGCAGUGCUGGUUACGUGUUUCGCAUCAGUGGGCCACCGUUUUACCCCGCCCAUCGACAUCCUGCUUCACCAGAUGCUGAUGUUAUUAGGUAUUGGUUUGCUUGAGAGAUGAAAGCAAGAUUAACAUAGGGUAUGUGUUUUCUUAUAGCUACAUCAUGUGAGUUUUCCUCAAGGCACCACUUCCAUAAGGUACAUGAUGCUUAGGAGGUAUGACUUUUUUAGUGUUUUCUGUCGAGUCGGCAGAGCCAAUGUUCUUUUUAUCCGGCCCUGACCAAGUACCUUGGAAAAGUGGACCUAAAGAAAGGAAACUAAUAACUGUCUGAAUGAGUAGCAUACAUUGGUGAACACUAAAAAUCAAAGAGGACAUAUAGUUUCUACAGGUUUUAAGUUGUGUUUAAUGUUGUCGGACCUACUGGAGAUUGUUUCACUCUCACAGUAUUGUAACAUGGAUAUACUAGGAAUCAACAUAAACCAAAUAUUUUUAUACUUGAUAAAAUAACUGAAUGUUUAAAACUCUGCAGCUUAACGGGUUACUCCAACCAAAACACAGUGUUUUAAGAAAACAUUGAUUUUGGUCAGAGUAAACCUUCCUUUGCUGGUCCCUCCCUCAGCCCCUAAAAAAAACAGGAUUAUAGCUAAAAGAAAACUUACUUCGGUCCAACUGCCUAGUCCAAAUUUUCUCUGCAGCCCAAUCUUCCAGCACUGACAUUUCUCCCCCUUACAUGAGAGCGACAGAUAUCGGGAAGUGUGGGCUGAGGGAAAGAUAUGGGGACAGGGAUCAGUGCUGCCAUUGGCUGUCUUUUGCCUACAUGCUGUGCUUCCAGCGCCGGGCGGGGAGCUCUCCUCCUCCUCUCCGCCUCCGAUCCUCUUCUUCGGCUGAAUGCGCAUGCACGGCAGGAGCCUGUCUCAUAGGAAAGCAUUUAUAAUGCUUUCCUAUGGACGCUGGCAUCUUCUCACUGUGAUUUAGGCUUUAGAGGCUGGAUCAACCCUAUUUUAAACAUAGCAGUUUCUCUGAAUAGAACAGAUGUAGUUGUCUGGGUGCCUUCAAGCAAUUAUGAAGACAGCCAUAGAACACUUUAAAUUUACAAACACAAAGUGGUUAUAAGCCCAUCAACAAUCAUGCCUAAUAGCUAGGUGCCUAUGAGUAAAAAUGAAAAGAAAACAAAGUAGGGGAGGUAAAAAAAAUAUUUGAUGUAAAAUUCAUACUCCACGAGGCAAGCAAGGACCCAAAAAUACAAAACACAGGCAUGGGAUAUACAUCAUCUCCAUAAAAAUUUCCUCAAGUGUCAUUUAUUAUGAAAAUUAUAAUCAUAGCAAUGAUCAAUAUUAUUAGCAUGUAUAUUGCACCAACAUAUUCCAAAGAGCUUUACAAUUAUAAAAUGGAAAUAACAACCAGUAAAUGUCCUACAAGAAUUAGCAUAGACAAGAAAUUAAGAAGACAGUCUACAUUAAAUAUUUAAGACUGUUUUAAUACCUAAUGUGAAACCAUUUGUCCAUGAAAAGGAGUUGGGAACAUCACUGAUAGUCACUGAUAGUUUUUAAUAUCCUGCUGAAUAUAGUUUGACCUUAUUAUUUUACAUGAUCAUUCUGCAUUGAUUUACUUGCUUUGGUUAAAGUAACCUGCGUGCCUUCUUGUUCCGUCCCUGCCACCAUGCUUAAUUUCAUUUCAGACAACAAGGGAAGUUAGUAUUGCAACACCCUUGUUGUUGAAAGUCUGGAAAUAUCACAAUUGCAUUGUUUCAGGGUUGUGUUAUCCCGUCUAACUAGCCCACCUGGUCCAAUCACACAGGAGAGCUACUCUAGCUCAAAUUGCUGAAAAAGGUAAUGCCUACCAUGAUAGAAAAGUGUCAGAACAUACAGUGCAUGGAGUUUGCUGCUUAUUAGGCUAUAAAACCGCAGACCGGUCAGAGUGCCUUCUGUGGGGACAUGCGCAUCAGAACUGGACAAUGGAGCAAUGGAAGAAAGUUGCAUGUUCUGAUGAAUACAUUUUUCUUUUAGAUCAAGUGGAUGACCUGAUGUGUUUGCAUUGUUUACCUGGGGAAGCGAUGGCAACAGGAUGCGCUGUGGGAAUAAGGCAGGUCACCAGAGGCAGUCUCAUGCGCUGGGAAAUGUUCUGCUACAGAUUGUUACAGACCAUGUACACUCCUUCAUGGCAAUAAUGUUCCCUAAUGGCAAUGGCCUCUGUGGCGAAACCAACCUCGCCACUGUACACUGGAGAAGCCUGGUUGCUCGCCUGCUCCCUUUAGACUAUGGUCCUGCAUUUUAAACUUUUUAUUUUACCGGCAGAAAGGUUUAUUCGUGCCUUUCUGCGGACUGUUAAAGCCAUGCUACCCCAGAUAUCUAUGCCAUGGAGCCCAGCCGUAUACUGAAAGACUGUAUGAAAGACUUUGGCUCCAUGGCGAUUGAACUGUAUGUAUGUGAUCUGAGCGCCAUUCGGUAGUAAUGUGUGCUCAGAUCUAAGCUAUCUGGGGAUAUGUAGAAUGUCCAUGUUUUAUGAAAUAAAUGUAACUGUAUGUAAUUUUAUGUCUUUUAUUGUCCUUUGUCUGCCAUGUGGUUAAUGGAGUCUUGCCUCUGUCCUGGGAGAUAAUUUGAUUACUUCACAGUUAUCUCCAGGACAGAGAGGAGGGAUUGUGAUGUAAUUGUGGGUGUGUUUUACGGUUCCCCUGUAACGAUUGGUUGUACUGUGUCCCACCCUGUGGGAUGUCCCCUUGCAUGGGACUUGCAUAAAAGCCAGUGUGGGGCCAUUACAGAGUGUUCCUGCUUAACCCUCAAAGUGAAGUGUCGACUCAUUAUUGGGGGAGGAUUUAUGGUAUGCUGUUCCAGUUUGACUGCUAGGAGUGUAAGCUGAUUGUAUGCUUUUCCUGUUCAGCUGUUUCCAGUAUUCGUGAGUUUCCUGUUCAGGAGUUGGAGAAUUCGUUUAGUUUGCAGUUCGGGAGACUGGUGCUUGCAGUAGCUGUCUGUGCAUCUGAAAGGGGAAUAUCGCCUAAACGGUUUUUAACCUCUUGUGUGCAAAACGGUCCGUUACAGCCUCUUUCAGUGGCAUAAUGUACAUGAAAAUUCGUUCAGGAAUGGUUUGAGGAGCAUGACAAAGAGUUCAAUUUGGGGGCAACCCUUGGCCUCCAAAUUCCUCAGAUCUCAAUCUAAUUGAGCAUCUGUGGGAUGUGCUGAAACAAUAAAUCCAAUCCAUGGAGGCCUCACCUCGCAGCCUGCAGGACCUAAGGGAUAUGCUGCUAAUGUAUUGAUGACAGAUACCACAGGACAUGUUCAGAGGGUUUAUGGAGUGCAUGCUGCAAUCCAGCAGCAUUGGCAGCAUGAGGAGGACCUACACAAUAUUACACAGAUGGUUUUAAUAUUGUGAACGAUCAAUGUAUGCAAGAUAUAAACAGGAAAAAUCAAGAACUAAAACUCAGGAACAAAAAGAUAUAAAAAAACACUAAAUGAACCUGCCGUAAUUAACCCUAAAAAGCAAUUUCUACUUGAUGAUUUUCAGCAUCUGGAAAUAGAAAUCACAUCAUCUCUACUGCUACACAAUAUAAAGAAGACUAUACUUAUCUUUCCAGAUAGACCUAGGGGACUAAUGCUUGGAGUUAUUAAAAACUAAAAAGAACUAAAAAAAAAAAGUAAAAUCUAUUAGGGUUAUAUACUAAAGUGAUAACUUAAGGAAUUCUAAGUGGAUUCAAAGUGAACUUCAAAUUUUAGAGUAAAAUAGCCCAACUGCAAUAUUUUUUUUUAAUCCAGCUAUUUUGGCUUUAAAUUCAAAAUUAAGAAUUCCAGACAAUUCUCACUUUAGUUAAUAAUAAAAAAAAAAAAACUUUAGUCUGCAGACAAACAACACCUCUCAUAUUAUAUCAGAUAUAUAGAUAUAAUUAUGGGACUUAAUUAAGUAAAAUGUAAUCUGCAACAUUCUGCUUGCAGGAAAAACAUUUUCAAAAAUGCUGCCCACUGAUAUUAUUAUCCCCAAUUUACCCGACCGGCAGGGCCGCAUUAACAUAGGGGCUGAUGGAGCUGGAGCUGCUCUUCCAGGCCCAGGCCCAUGGAAUAGAGCCAUUGAUUUAAGGAAAAAAUAUAUGUUUGGUUAUUUUGAAGCUUCCUAUCUUCAGACCGGCUACAAGCAAUCUCUCGUUAUACUAAUUACACGUGUACCAAACCAGGACUGUUUAUACUGCUGACCUCCUUUCUCCAACGCUUUGACUUCGGAUUACCUUUGGAACCUUCCGGCUUCGUAAAGCCUCCAAGUAACUUCAAGUUAUAAAUUGGAUUAAUUCCUUACUACUCACACCUCUAUUUCUUUUCGUGCCUCCUGAGUUCUAUUCAUCAGAAAGCUAUCAUUAUAUUCCAUACAUGAACUCAUUUCAUCUACUAUCUUCAUAUUGUAUUCCUUAAAAGCUGCAGGAACUCAUAUCAUCAAACUAUAUUUUUUCCUUAAGCUGCAGGAUUUUAUUUCGUCAAACUGUCUUCAUUCCUUAAAGCUACAGGAACUCAUCUCACCUACUACCUCCAUAUUGUAUUCUUUAAAGCUACAGGAACUACAUCUACUACCUUCAUAUUGUAUUCCUUAAAGCUUCAGGAACUCAUCUCAUCAAACUACCUUAAUUCCUUAAAGCUUAAGGAACUCACUUCAUCAAAUUCUCUUCACAUUGUAUUCCUUAAAGCAAUAGGAACUAUCCUCAUUGAACUAUCUUCAUAUUGUAUUCCUUAAAGCUACAGGAACUCAUCAUAUCACUUUAUCUGCAUGUCUCGUUAAUUAAGGCUACAGGAACUCUUCUCAUCUAACUAUAUCUAUAUUGUAUUCCUUAAAACUACAGGAACUCUUCUUCUCAAACUAUCAUAUUGUUCCCUUAAAGCUACAGGAACUCUACUCUUCAAACUUUCUACAUAUUGUGUUCCUUAAGACUACAGGAACCCUUCUCAUUGAAUUCAUCGCAUCAAAUUAUAUUCAUAUUGUAUUCUUCAAAUAAUAGGAAUUGUUCCAACAAUCACUUCUAAAUAAAACCUUAUUGAAGAACUAAUCUUUAUUUCCUAAUUAUUAAUCUAAAAAACCUAAAGGUUUUCCUAAUUUUAUUUAUGCAGUUGAGUUCCACUCCAAAUCCGUAGAAAGCAUAACAAUGUGAUGUCACGCAUACAUAAAUAGUUAUGCAAAUUAGUAGGGCCUGUAUUUUUUUCCAAGAAAGGUGGCAACCCUAACUACUCUUCACAUACUCUUGCUUAAGUAUGGAAACUUAAGAUGGAUAUAUGGAAGCAAAACUUGUGUGGAUUAACUGAAAUGAAAUUGAUACCGGAGAAACUGACGGAAGCAAAGCACAGAGGGAUGGACACAGGUUUCUUCAGGAAGGAAGAGAUUCUUUAUUGGAUCACCGAUCGGGACUCAGAGGGACUAAUGUCACCAAAAAUACAGCAAGUUCUGAGCCCUGAACAAUAGUGCAGGCUCCCUAUAUAGGCACAUAACUCCUCCCAUAUUAAGCUCCACCCGCACAUUCUCUUGACCAAUCAUUACAAAUAAGAAUUAACUUCCUGCUUGACCGCAUGGCUUGUCCAGCACAAUGGAGGAGGGGAAUACUACAUCCUCCAUUGCACUAUUCUUGCACAUGCUCCAUACACUACUGAUCGUAUCUUGCCUCGUGCAACCAACUGAUCGAUACGUCAGCAUAUGCACGUACACAUGCCACGUGGUAAUCUCGGCCUACUAAAUUUAUUUUUACCGAGAUUCCACCACAUUCCCCCCUUUGAUGCCUCUUGAUAUUUUACAAUUACUUGAGGCAUCACUUAACCUUGGUUUGCAUACACCACAAGUUACCUUUGAACCAGACCAGACUUAUCCUACGAUGUGAAUCUUCAACACUCGUCUUCCUGCAUUAGUUCUCCCUGAUCUAGAGCCUUAUAUUUAUAAAUUGCCAUUAUCUGUGCAGCAGCCUUCCUCUCUGCUAUAUUUUCUAUCAGGCUUUGCACAGACCUAACUACUAAGGGUAUAAGACACGGCGGGAGUAGACACAACAUUAAAAUCAGUAGGACUCCACCUACCACUGCCUUAAGCCCUCCAAACCACUCAUACCAGCUACCAAACCAACUACUUGGAUUGUACCCUUUCCAUACCUGAGUAGGCACAUGCGCUAGUUUAACCAUAUGGCUAGUAAGCUCAGCUAUUGCUUGCCCUUCGUCAUCUAUUUGAAGACAGCAAUUACUCAGGUUAAACUUCCCACAUACACCUCCCUCUACUGCCAAAAGAUAAUCCAAGGCUAAUCUAUUUUGGUAAACUGCUGUCCUCAUCCUGGUAUUAUGCUUCGCUAGAAGAUUGAGAGCUUGUGAUGUCUCGUUAGUAAUGAUCUCAACCACCGCCUGUAACCUUAUAAUGCGGUUGAGCAUAUAAAUAGGGGUUCUAUAACCAAAGGUACCAUCCUCUGCCCACGUGGCUGGCCCAUAAUAAUCUAUAAUACGCUGGGGAGGCCAUUCAUUAUCUUCCCAGGCACCUAUCUCUAUGAGUCCCCUUUUCUUCCUAUGAUUCACAUCAUACACUUUAACACCUAAAGUCUCACCUGUUUCAAUAGGCAACAAGAAGAAGGAUGGUUUUAACAUACCCAACACACAUGCCCCUUCUCAGUCCUGUGGUAACUCCGAAUAGGCCUUCUUACCACAGAUCCAGUACAAAUUCGCUGGGGCUCUCCAGUUAGAUGUGAUGGAUAGAUCAAACCAUACGUCCUUUAAAUUGGCAUAUCUUGCAAGCGGGUUAGAUGGUUCUGAGACAUUUGAAGCCGACCACCAAGUUGUAUUCUUUGUAUCAUCAUCAUAAGCUUUUUGCCCUAGACAAGUUAAUUCUCCUACAGAAGUAUUAUACAUCAUUCCUUUCCUCGCUAUGCAAGCAUAACCUAUGAUGGAGGUCUUCAAUCUCCACUCAGAUUUACCUCUAACACUCAUAUGAUAGUCGGCUUGUGUAGAUAUUAAUUGGUCAACUGCCUCAGAACCGGACAUUACCUCCUUUGCUUCCCAAGGCCAUUGGUCUCCCAUGUUAGUACCUCCACACACAUAGCAGUUGGUAACAUUAAGACUACCGGCAAUACUUUCGGCUAAAUCAAUGAACAAGUUUUUAGCAUUAUGGGGGAUCUUAUUAUCUAUGCUCAUCUCUUCAUAAAAGGAAUGGUAUACUUGAUGAGUUUGGGAGGUUACCGUAUCAGACUCUAUCCCUAUAAACAAUAUUGUCCCAGGGUCUAAACCCGUCCCAUAUAUUUAAAACCCAAAUAAAUUACCAUAUUUAUCUAAGAACUUGUCAGGGUUAUUUAUAAGUAUAUGGAUUGGAUUGCAUUCCAUAGACUUACAAUAUGGAUUAGUAGGCAACUUAGUCACAAUCAUGUCCUUGUCUGCUGUCUGUCCCCAAAUCGCCCACCCCACACAAGACCAAUAUGGGCAGAAGUUAUAAUCUCUAUUUGGGCAUCUUGGACUUACAUAUUUAUUUUUACUACUGGGACAAAUAUAUUUAUCGUUAGACCCAUACGUCCUCUCCCAUCUAAGACCCCCACAUACAUUCCACGACUUUCUACCACUUGAUAUUGCUUUACACGCAUCAAAUAGCAGAGCACCUGAAGAAUAUACGGAUUUUAAUACCGUCUUAUUAAUUAGGGUCCCCUGAGAAUCUCCAUUUCUGAGAGUCAACCAAAUUGUACGGGGUUGAUACUCAGGACUGAAGCACAUAGGUUCUCCUACUCCUAAAUGACACACACUAUAUUCUAUAUUUAAGUAUCUACAUCUUGAUACAUCUCCUUUACACUCAUAUUGCGAAUGCCAAAUUAGGGUCUGGGAUAUAUGGUCACCUGUUCUUGUAGUCUUAAUGCAUACCUCACAGCUAGGAGUGUUGGUACCUCUACCUUCCUGAAUAUAAAAAUACACAUAAAUAAACAUUAUUAAAAAUACAUCUUUCGUCGUCAUUCUCAGUCUUCGUCCGUGUGAAGGCACCUCAGCUUCCAGGAUGUAAGGACUGCAGGGAAUGGAGUUCUGCUCGUCUUCACAGGGGUCCCCUCAAGACUUUCCCUGACUUAUACACUUGUUGGUGAGUGGACAGGCUUUAUUAUGGCCUUCUCACUCACUUACCAAGUCUCUGAAACAAUAAAAUUUGUAAUCUACAAGGUUCCUCGUCACUCCGACUGAGUCGUGCGUUUUAACCGGAUCUUGCAGGGAUUCUCUGGAUUUGCUGUAACUUGCCAGAAAUCGGCUGCUGCUGGUUUAACCCUGGAGUGAUGUAUCCACGGAGCCACUUCGGCUACUUUUAUCGCUGUAGGGGUAGACAGAAGAACAACAUAAGGACCUCUCCACUUGGGCCCUAACGGCACAUUAUUCCACUCUUUAAUCCACACUUAGUCGCCUGGGUGGUAACUAUGAAUUGGGGGAUAAAUAUUCACAGGUAAUCUAUCUUGUACCCAUUUCUGUACCUCCUCCAUAGUCUUACCCAACUCUACAACCUGCUGCCGGGUAAUUCCUUCUCCCAACUGACUCAAAUCCCCCCUUAAGUUACCAAGCACGCGAGGUGGUCGCCCGUACAUGAUUUCAAAAGGAGAGAGGCCCAUCCUUCUGGUAGGUGUACUACGGAUUCGCAAUAGAGCUAUGGGCAAGAGAACGUUCCACUUAAGUUGGGGUUCCUGACACAUUUUAGCCAACUGAUUCUUAAUAGUUCUAUUCAUUCUCUCUACCUUACCAGAACUCUGGGGUCUAUAUGCCGUAUGAAGCCUCCACUUUAUACCAAGCAUAUGAGUCAAUUGUUGUAGGCACUGAUGAACAAAAGCUGGACCAUUGUUCGAUCCUAUAGAGCAGGGUAGUCCAUAUCGGGGUAUUAUUUCUCGUAGCAGGAAUCUCACGACUUCUCCUGCUUUCUCUGUACGAGUAGGACAUGCUUCUACCCAGCCUGAAUAGGUGCAUACCACUACCAGCAGGUAGCGAUGUCCACCCGAUUUAGGCAUCACUGUAUAGUCAAUUUGUAAAUCGGACAUGGGAAGUCCCCCCAUAAACUGGACUCCUGGUUGCUUCACUGGUCCUUGUCUUGCAUUAUUUUUAGCACACGUUACACAUCUACGUACAAUGGCCUGAGUCAAGUUGGACAAUCUUGGUAUGUAGAAAUGUUUUCUGAGAGAUUCUUCUGUACUGUCUCUCCCAGAAUGUGUCCCGUUAUGAUAGUUUUGGACAAUUUCUAACGCUAGUGAUGCUGGAAUAACUAUUCUUCCAUCUUCUAACUGAUACCAUUUGUUCUCCAAAUACUUUCCAGGUUCAGUCCUUAACCACUCCUCUUCUUGAGCUGUAUAAAUUGGAGUCCAUUGAGACGGUGGAGUUGGUAUAAGAGCAGCUAUAUGCCCCACAUAUUCCUGUCUUCCUGAUUCAGCAGCACGCUUAGCUGCACUAUCUGCCAUCCGAUUCCCUUUGGUUACAUCACCAUCUCCUCUCAGAUGCGCCCGACAAUGUAUAAUACCGACUUCUUUCGGCUCCCACACUGCUUCCAAUAGUUGUAGGAUCUCAGCUGCGUAUUUGAUUUCUUUGCCUUCUGAAUUCAAUAGUCCUCUUUCUUUAUACAAAGCUCCGUGGGCAUGAGUGGUUAAAAACGCAUACUUGGAGUCCGUGUAGAUGUUCACUCUUAAACCUUCAGCCAAUUGUAACGCUCGUGUCAGUGCUAUCAAUUCUGCCUUUUGUGCUGAUGUUCCUUUUGCCAGUGGCCGAGCUUCUAUCACCUUGUCUAUCGUUGUUACUGCAUAUCCUGCAUAGCGGAUCCCUUCUUUUACAUAACUACUGCCGUCGGUGUAAUAUUGAACAUCAGGGUUCUGGAUGGGAAAAUCACGAAGAUCUGGUCUACUUGAAAAUACUUCAUCCAUUACUUCCAAACAAUCAUGUUGACUUUCAGUAGGUUGUGGCAAAGGGGUAGCUGGAUUUAAGGUAUUUACAGUCUCUAAAUGCACUCUUGGGUUUUCACACAACAUUGCUUGAUACUUGGUCAUACGGCUGUUACUAAACCAAUGAUUUCCUUUGUAAUCCAACAACGUCUGUACUGCAUGUGGAACUCGUACAUAAAGUUCUUGACCCAGAGUGAGUUUAUCGGCUUCAGCUACUAGCAGGGCGGCUGCAGCUACAGCUCUUAGACAAGGUGGAAGUCCGCUGGCCACUGCAUCCAGUUGCUUAGACAUGUAGGCAACAGGUCUUUGCCAUGAUCCCAAGUACUGUGUCAAUACUCCCACAGCCAUUCUUCUUUGCUCAUGUACAUACAGGUAGAAUGGCCGUGUGUGGUCAGGUAGACCUAAUGCUGGGGCACUCAUCAAACCCCUCUUCACAUCUUCGAAUGCCGUUUGCUGUUCUUGAGUCCAUAAGAAGGGGUCGUGCUCUGUACCUUUGAUAGCUGCAUACAGAGGUUUUGCCAGUAUCGCGUAGCUGGGAAUCCAUAUCCUACAGAAGCCUGCUGCCCCAAAGAAUUCUCGCACUUGUCUUCUAUUCCUGGGUAUCGGUAUUUGGCACACAGCUUCUUUUCUCUCUGGCCCCAUAAUUCUUUGACCUUCAGAGAUAUGGAAUCCCAGAUAUUUGACGGUUGGCAAACACAACUGAGCCUUCCUUCUUGACACCUUGUAUCCUGCCUUCCAGAGAAUGUGUAGUAGAUCGUGCGUUGCUUGCUGACAUACUUCCUUUGUAACUGCUGCUAUCAACAAGUCAUCUACAUAUUGUAAUAAUACACACUCUCCUGGGAUAGACUCGAAAUCUAGUAGAUCUUGACUUAGAGCUGAACCAAAUAGGGUAGGUGAAUUUUUAAACCCCUGGGGCAAUCUUGUCCAGGUCAUUUGGCGUUUCGAGCCCGUUACAGCAUUUUCCCAUUGGAAAGCGAAGAUACAUUGGCUUUCUGCGGCAAUUCGGAGGCAAAAGAAGGCAUCUUUGAGAUCUAAGACUGUAAAGUAAGUAGCCCCGCCCGGAAUUAAAGCAAGCAGGUUAUAUGGAUUGGGCACGACUGGAUGUAUACUAACAACCGCAUCAUUGACUGCUCUCAAGUCCUGCACAGGUCGAUACUCAUCUGUACCGGGCUUUUGAACAGGCAGCAAUGGGGUGUUCCAGGGGGAAGUACAGAAUUUUAGGAUACCAUACCGUAUGAACUUAUCCAGAUAAGAUUGGAUGUUCUUCUUAGCCUUCUGCGGAAUAUGAUAUUGUCUCAGGCUUACUGGAUAAACCCCAAGUUUUAGUUCGAUUUUAAUAGGUGGAAUAUUGCGGGCCAGUCCUGGUGGGUUGUUCUCUGCCCAAACUCCUGGUAUGUUAAAUAAGGAUUCAUCACUCCUCGGGUUUUGGCUAGUCAACACUGUAUAAAGUCGCCACUCUUCUUCCUUUGGUACGGACAAUGUCAUAAUACCUGAGGGUCCAUUAAACUUUAAGGAUGUUGUUCCAUUUGGUAGGAGCGUAAUCUGCGCUUGUAAUUUGGAUAGCAUAUCACGUCCCAGCAAUUGGACUGGACACUCAGGCAUAUAAAGGAAUUGAUGUUUUACUACGUGGCCUCCCAAUGUACAGAGUCGACUUUUAAGAACCGGUUUUUCAGCACUUCUUCCAGUUGCUCCUAUUACAGUAAUAGUUCUUCCAGAUGGAGGAGCAACUUGAUUAGUCACCACCGAAUGUUCAGCACCAGUGUCGAUCAUAAACGCACUCCUUUUUCCCCCUAUUGAUACAUCGACCAUAGGCUCCGCUCGACCAAGGGGGAUGGAGCCCGGUCGGUAUCAAUAGUCCUCCAUGACCGUGUCAGCCAAUCCCACAAAGUCCCUACCUUCUCUAUCGCGGGACCUUUGCGCUGCUGGAUAGUACCUAUCUUCCCUUACACUUCCUCUGUUCCCAUUACUCCCUCUAUUACCAUUACUCCCUCCGGGGCCUCCUCUACCUCUCGCUCUGCCUCUAAAGUUUCCGUAACCUGCCCUGGGUAAGUCUCUCUCAUACUGCUCUCUUUGCGGACACUCGUUCCUCCAAUGCCCUUCUUCCUUACAGUACGCGCACUGAUUCCUACUCAAAGGCUCCCUAUUCCAUCUACCAUCGCCUCUAUCUGGGCCCCGUCUAUCUACGCCUGCGAUCGCUACCGCUAGCAUAUCUGCCUUUCUACGCAUCUUGCGCUCUUCCUCUUUCUUACUUUCUGUUUCCCUAUUCAUAUAUACUUUGUUCGCUACCUCCAUUAGUUGGGUGAUAGACAUACCUGCAAACCCUUCUAAUUUCUGUAGCUUGCGCUUAAUAUCUCCGUAAGCUUGGCUGACAAAGGCGGAGUUUACCAUUCGGGAAUUAUCAGCGUCUUCCGGAUUAAAGGGGGUAUACAAGCGGUAUGCCUCCAAUAAUCGGUCAUAAAAGACACUGGGCGCUUCAUCACUUUUCUGAAUCACCUCAACUGUCUUCGACAUGUUAAUAGCUUUCUUCCCUCCGGCUUUCAUGCCAGCAAUUAUAGCGUCUCUAUAGGCUUUAAGUUGAGCCAUAUCUGCGCCAUUUACAUUCCAGUCAGGAUCGGUGUUAGGGUAAUGUGUUGCGGCCCAUGCUGCCGGAUUGGCUUGAUUUAAAGCACGGGCUCUCUCCUCUAGCGCCUUAAUGGCCGCUUGGUUAAUCCUUGUCCUUUCCUCAUUAUUGAACAAUGUCAUUAAUAACUGCUGGCAAUCAGCCCAUGUCGGGUUAUGUGUCUGAACUAUCGAGGUGAACAGAUCGGUCAUAGCUUGUGGUUUCUCAGUGUACGAGGAAUUGUGGGUCUUCCAAUUCAAGAGAUCGGUAGUCGUGAACGGGACAUAUACGAAGACUGGGUCAGCAUGUGCCAUUUGACCUGCGGCAUCGAUAUAGGCUGACCCAGGAUUCAGACGAAGAGGCAUCUGAUAAUGUUUUAAUUGUUGGGUACCGGUCAGUUGUCGGGUUAGUAUGGGGCUACGUGGAGGGGCGUCAGUUAAAGGUUCCGGUCGAGAGGUAAUAGGGCAUGAGGAUGUGGGAACUUGAUUUUGGGAAAAGUUAGUGAAUAGUAUACUCCGAGCCGAGCUAGAAGAAGCUUGACCGGAAGUUUGAAGUGGCGCCAAAUCAGGAUAUUCAAAUCUAAUGGGGGUUGGUCCUGGUUCCGGAAGGGGAGUUUUAAUACGAGGGGGGUGGAUUCUGUACUGGAGGAGGAAGCGGAAGUGGAUGGGGGCAAUAGGGGAAGGGGUGCAGAGCUUCCUGCAUUCGCGUCACUUCCUCUUAAAGGAAAGUAAGGGGGCGGCAAAGGGAUCUCGGACUCAGGGGGCGUGUCCAAAAUGGGCCUAACACCAGUCCUAGUGGACAAACAAGUCCUGGCCACCAUGAGGCGACAUUGCUCCUCGUGGCAUAUCCGGAUCCAUUUUGGCGAGUCGUUUACGGCCUGCCCCCAACAAUCAAUGUAUGGAAACUGUCCGUAAAGUUCAGGCCUACCUGACACAGCCACGUGUACACGCUGUACCAGGGUUGGAUCCAAACUGCCACGCGGCGGCCAUGCCGCAACCAAAAUAGGCCACUCCCUAGUGCACAAAGUGACCAAACGUACAGGAGACAUUUUAACCCCAAAAUCACAUGUUUUGAAUCCCUUUUUAAAAUUCUUUACCAUACAACCUAAGGGAUCCGAAAUCGUUGACUCUGACGCGCCCAUACUUAUCAAUGGAACGUCGUUGACAACGAAUACUAUGCACGCGUUCUUAUUCAACAGUCACACCCGUUUCCUCUGGCAACAGCACCACGUGGUACAGUUACCAAGUGAAACGUACACAAUAACACAAUAAUCACUCAGGGAAUUCCCGUACACACACAGCUGUUACACCAGUCACUAAAUAAUCAAUAUUAUGCCCUUUGGCGAAACUAUACAGUCACCCACGCUAUAAUUCUCUAUAUAUGAAUUACCCGUCUAUAACACACCCCAGUAACAUCGUCUUUUACUAGUAUCGGUUACAGUACGGUUAGCAUAGGUCAAAGCACAAUUUAAGGUCACAAUACAAUUAUUAGUGGUUACGGUGUUAAACAUGCAAUAGACGACAAUGAUUAGUACUUAUAUACAGUGUCAGUAAAUAUACAGGGUUAUGGUACCGUGCACUAUGAUACAGCAACACACUAUUAACACUCUCGCUAGACGGCUGAGCUCGCGCUAUCUAACAAGAUAUACACUUUACUAACAAUCUUUAACACAUUUACAAUCCCAACUAAACUAUUGGCCAGUACCUUGAAUGGACUACCUAAAACUAUAUACACCCGUUUUGGUUAGCCACACUGCCCAAACACCACAUAUAGCGAACUAGAGGGCGAAAUUUACAAAAUUGCCCUUCUAGUCUAUUUACUCUAUCAAAAGUCUAGUGGGUUCCAAAUUUACACGCCUUCCCACUUAGCCAAGAUAGGUUGAGAGCUAGCGAACCGAAUUUACACAGGCGCCGCUUAGUCUCUCGGUCCCUCCGACCUAGCGAACGUAAUAUACACCCUAGAACGCUAGUCUAGACAAGACACCGGUGUCCGGCUAGGGCUAUUUACACAGGACCCCGCCUGACUAACCAGAUCAAAGCGGUCUUACUAAAGAGCGUUCGAUCGAGCGGUGCGCCUUCGCUCCUUCCCUCCGACAGAGGGGGCAGAUUCCAUACACAGAUUUAAACCCCUUUUGGGCCUACCGCACAAUCGGUAUACCCCUAGUGGGUCUGCCGUCUAAAACAGCAGUUGUCUUACCUCCUCGUUCCUGAACCUGAGUUCACACUCAUCGACGGGGACACCCCAGCACUUCUUACGUAGAGGCCGAUGAUCUCCUGGACAACAGACCAGUGGCGCCGAGACGAAGGGAGGUCCACGCAGAAGUUCAGGGGUGCAGCCGUAGAGAACGUGGGCAAAGAUAGACCGUCUCACGCCUCUGCCUCUCAGCUACCGUUGAACGAUGAGCUUCCCGGCCAAUGCACCAAAUGAUACCGGAGAAACUGACGGAAGCAAAGCACAGAGGGAUGGACACAGGUUUCUUCAGGAAGGAAGAGAUUCUUUAUUGGAUCACCGAUCGGGACUCAGAGGGACUAAUGUCACCAAAAAUACAGCAAGUUCUGAGCCCUGAACAAUAGUGCAGGCUCCCUAUAUAGGCACAUAACUCCUCCCAUAUUAAGCUCCACCCGCACAUUCUCUUGACCAAUCAUUACAAAUAAGAAUUAACUUCCUGCUUGACCGCAUGGCUUGUCCAGCACAAUGGAGGAGGGGAAUACUACAUCCUGUAUUCUUGCACAUGCUCCGUACACUACUGAUCGUAUCUUGCCUCGUGCAACCAACUGAUCGAUACGUCAGCAUAUGCACGUACACAUGCCACGUGGUAAUCUCGGCCUACUAAAUUUAUUUUUACCGAGAUUCCACCACAAAAUUAGUUAAGGUAAUGCUGACUUUGGUCUCCAGCACUGUGGCAUGUUCCCUUUCGUCUACACUCACUACAUCCACCUUUUCUCUGUCUCAGACUAUAUACCAGGAGCUUCUGCCUGCUAGUAAGAUGGUAAGGAGACAAGUGGACAUGUCAGUGCUAGGGGACAAUCCUUAGAAAGCAUGGAGCAAGCACAUCAUUAGACGCAUUUAUGCAUUUAUGUCAAGCUCAGGAUGCUGUUGGCCAGCAUGCAUGAUUUGCAAGCAGCCUGACACGCCUCCUUUUUGGGCAUGUUUGUCCCUUUCAGGAGUUCUGGUUAUAUGAUCUGCGUCAUAGCCCCUUUUACACCACCCAUUGACUUCCUGCUUCACUGGACACUGCUGUCAGGGGGUAUGGAUUUACUUGAAAGAAGAAAGCACGAAUUAGAGAGAUUAGCAUAUUUUAUAUAUUACAUAUUAUCUGAGUUUUCUUAUAGUUGUAUCCUAUGAGUUUUCCUCUGGCAAUAUCUCCACCAGAUACAUAACGCUUGAGAGGUAUGACUGUUUUAGUGUUUUUGGUCGAUAAGAUUCUGUACAUAGGCCCAUCAUAAUUGUCAGCACCAGGCCCACUGGGGUCUUAAUCUGGCCCUGCCGACCGGAUAUUAUGCAUAUGCAUCCACAAAAACCAAAGGGGACUCUAUCCUUUUCAUAAAGAUUGGUCAUUUCAACUUAACAACCAAUAUGCAGACAAACAGCACAGCUUCUUGUUGUCCUGUCUAGUGGCUGGAUUACUAAAUAAAUAACUUAUUAUUAUAGUUUCUAUCAACACAACACAAGAUCCAAAUGCAUCUUUAAUCCAAGUGUCCCAAAAAUCGACCCUAUGAAGAAAGGCAGAUUGACGUUUGCGUCGAUUUGAAUUGUACGCCAGAUCCGAUCCGGGACACCAGGGCAGAGUCUCCCAGACCACCUACUAAAUCCUCCAUACAAUUAGAUUGCAGAUUGACUUAACUAUUAAAUCGUCACACUCUUCAUGAAAUGAAAUUUAAUGAAAUGUACUUGCAGGAAAAGGAAUACACAUUCCAUUCACCAGCCAUAUUGUCAAAUUGAUCUCUGCAUUGCAGACUCGACAACCCUCCAGUCGGUUAACAAAGUAUCCAUAGGCACUAUAUAUCAUGUUUGGAUCGUGCAUCCAUAACAACCGGUUUCUACACUCGCUACCCUGCCAGAGGGGACUUUGGCAGCUAAACAAGCAGUUAUAAGAGAUAGUGGAAACACUGUCUGAUACCUUGGAUGUUUUUCUCAGAAAACACCUCCUCAGAAACAAACCCAUCUACAAACUGAGAGGCACACAAAGCAGUAAUAAGGGUGUAAUAUAAUUCAACAAGGAGCUAGGUAUAAGAAGGAACUUAAUAAUACAGACAAACACCCCACACAAUCAUUACAAAGCUUAGAAACACAAAAUAAAUGCCCACCUUCACGAAAACUCAGAGGAGAAAUCAACACAGUUAAAUUACCCAUAAAGGACAUUCAGAUAAGGACAACAGAACGGUGCUAGUGAAAACUGAAACAAUUCCAUUAUGAUCAAGACAACAGGGCAGAAAAACUAUUAGCAGCCAAAGUUAAUAACCCAGCUAAUAUUGUCAACCACUUCACAGAUUCCUAUAAAGCACUAUGUAAUAUGAAGUUAGACCCACAAAUGCAUAACCCAACAGAUGCUGACAUAACCCAAUUUUUGGAGGAGAUAUAUCUCCCCAGUGUCCCCUACAGUGUCCCCACAGUCACCCAAGAACAAAAGGAGGGUUUAGAUCAAAUCAGAAGAGGAAAUAUGAAAAUCAAAUUAAUCACCGCCAUCCAAUAAAGUGCAAGGACCAGAUGGCUUAUCUAAUAUCUAUAAUAAAUGUGCAGAUUUGUUAGCACCACAUUUAGCAUUGUAAUUUAAACAACUGGUUCCCUAAACCAGGAAAACCACACACCAGUUGUUCCAACUUUCGACCGAUUUCUUUACUCAAUGCAGAUUAUAGAAAAGCAAAAUAUCUAUGUUUAUCGACAUUAUAAAUAGACUUUCAAUAUAACGAAAAUGGAAUAAGUAUAAUAUUUACAGUAGAUAUAUACAGUAUCUAAUACACCAACUAUAUGCCCAAAUAUAAAUUGCCUAAUCGUGAGUUAAAAUUUAGGUAUUCCCAAAUAUUAAUAGUAGAGAGAAUUUAUUUAAAAUAUUCUGCAGAAGAAAAAGGGGAAUCAGUAAUCUAGGGAUAGGGAAAUGUUCAGUAACCUUAAUUCUGCACUGAUGUAAAUAAUUAUUAUAUAUAUUAUGUAUUGAUAAAAUAAGGACUUAACGUUUCCAUUUUAGCCUGCAGAUUUGGGCAGUGGUUUGAAUGAAACAAGUAUCUGUGGCAUCUUGUCUGCUACCAAGUAUCAUUUCCAGUUACGAAGUAUCCGGGCCUCUAAAACUGGAGUGUGGAGUGAGUGGGGACAUGAGAGAACAAUAACAACUUUGGAAUCAGGUUAGCAUAUCAACUUUGAUGUGAUCACUGGAUGUAAACUAUUUUGUAUAUGACUGCCUUAUGAUGAUUUAUCAUCAUCAUUCUAUCUAAUUUUCACAAGUGCAGAAUCGUAAUAGAUGUUAGCAGCCUACACAAACGCAUACAAAAGAGGGACACUUUAUUUUAGGGGUGUCGGUAAGGUAUUGUUAGGGGUUAGGGGGUUUAUGCAGCUUAAAUGUAAAUUAGAACAAGAACAAUGUAUUUUAUUCACACAGACUGAUUUCUAAACAUAUUUAUUAUAUUUUAAAGACACAUUACUGUGAAUAUUAUUGAUGUGUAGUUCUGGUAUAAAUUCAGACACACCCAGAAUACUGUGCUCCUACAACAGAGAGACAUUGGGGGUAGAAAAGAGGGACAGAAACUGUGCAAACGGGGUUAUUCUCUACAGCGAGAAUUGUCAGUAAUUCAAAUUGAAUUUGAAAUGAAAGGCCAGAGUAGCUGAACUUGAAGCGCAACUGAUUUGGAGAUUUUUAUUUCCAGUUUGGCUACAUUGACCUUAAAUUUUAACCUCACUUUGAUUUCAUUUUACUUUGAUUUCAUUCACACUUUAGUGAAUCUAAAAUUAAUGAACACAGACAUUGUGGAUUUGUAGAUGAGUUACAGUAACAAUAUAAUAUGUGAGGUAAAAUGGUUGUUAAACAGUGCUACUAUCAACCUGUGUAGGUCAUCCAACCACAGAAAACACAAUGUAUCAAGCCAAUAAUAAAUAUAAAGAUGAGAGUACACACAAUAAAUGAAUAUAUGUAAUAAGCACAUGCAGUUUUACCACAAGCUUGGCAAAAAAAGAUUAACCUAAAAGACAUACAAAUAGACAGACCAUAGUGUAAGAAAUUUUAAACAAACAAAUUAAAUAUAAACACAAAUUGGUCCCACUCAUAUGAUGCUGAGCCACUUUUUAGUAGGCUCAGACUGUAGAGCCUUUUAAUGGAAGUAAGGUGGCUGUUGCUGAGAUCAAAUACUGAACUUUGCACUGCAUACUAAAAUCUUACACUCAGAUUUUAAUAAAACAAAAUGAGUAAGCAAAAUUAAAGUAACUUUAAAAUGUAUUAAAACAAAAAAAAGAACAUAAACAGAUCUCAAUAUAAAACAAAAAACACCAGAACCACACUGACAUGUUUCAACAUAAAAAUGUCUUUAUCAUUCUUCAGCAAUGUCCAUUUUAUAAAGAAACACUAGUCACCAAAACAACUUUAGUUAAAUAAAGCCAUUUUUUGUAAAGAUCAUGCCCUUGCAGUCUAACUGCUCAAUUCUCUGACAUUUAGGAGUUAAAUUGAUUUGUUUAUGCUGCCCUAGUCACACCUCCCUCUAUGUGACUUACACAGUCUUACUAAAAACUUCCUGUAAAGAGUCAUCUAAAGUGUAUUCUUCCUUUAUUGCAAAUACUGUUUAAUUUAGAAUUUCCUAUCUCCUGCUCUGUCAGUAGCUUGCUAGACUCUCCACGAGCCUCAUGUAUGUAAUUAACCCCUUAACGCUGUUACAGCGUUCUAUGCCGUCCCCAUUAUAAUGGGCUUUAAAGCCGUUGUGGCGGCACAGAACACAGUAAUGACUUUCUACCCCAGGAUCUCUGCGGUACUUACCUCCACCGUGAUCCACUUUGGAAGGACUGCCUGACAAUCCAGGCAGCCCUUCCCAGCCCUCCCCGCUCUCAAAGAGCGAUCACAUGGCCCCAAUAGCUGGCUGUGGAUUUGCCAGCAGGGGGACUGUCUGGGCUUUCAGGUAGUGUAAAAAAAUAUAUUAUUAAACAUGUUAAAAUAAAAUAAAUGUGUAUAUAUAAAUAUAAAAUACAUAUACUGUAUGUGUAUUAUCUAUAUAUAAUAUAUACAUAUAUAUGCAACGUCAUAUGCAGUGUAUUUUAUUCUUAAUAUAAGUAGAUAUAUUAGUAAAAUACACUUAGAGGAAAGUUACAUAUAUAUAUAUAAGAUAUAUAUAUAUAUAUAUUUGAUAUUAAUAUAUAUAUAUAUAUAUAUAUAUAUACAUGUAUAAUUACAAUAAUAAAUAAAAUGUUUUUUUAAAAAUGAAAAUAAAUUAUAUAUACAUAUUGUAGCGGAUGGCAUUGGGCUGUCCUCAAAAUUAUAUAUAUAUUCCUAUGUGUUCGGUUAAAUUGUACCAUGUAUAUGUGAAAUGUAUGCAGCAUUCGACUGAUUGUUCGGUAAAAUCACUCACCAAUCAAUCAGACCACCCAAGACACCAUAAAACCUGUACAUAGGGGGUACUGUUUUACUCAGGAGACAUCACUGAACACAAAUAUUAGUGUUUCAAAAUGGUAAAUUAAUAGUAAAUCACAACAAUGAUAUUUUCUGUAAAAGUUAAGUUUUUUGCAUUUUUCACACAUGAAUAGCUUUUACUGACGAUAUUGUUGUAAUACAUUUUAUGGUUGUCUGCACAGUAAAAGUAAAUAAUUUUUUUUUUAAGUCUUUUUUAGAAUUUAUCCAAAAUAUUAAAUAACUUGAAUAGCUUAUCCUAAAAACAUUUAUUGAAGGGCAUACCGCUAAAUCUAAUAUUUUAGCUAUUCACAUCAGAAGGUUGCAGACAAAUGCAUGAAGAAUUGUUUUAAGAAACAAUAUGCCAUUUCAUGAAAGCUAUUAUGUCUGGUUUACAUUAGUUUAUAUACUCUUAAAGGAGGCUGAGAGUCACCACACACUAUGUACUUAUGCUAACACUUAAAUGGCAACAUUAGAAGGAGAACCCACUUCAAACAACUAGUUGUGUAAAUAUGUAUUUCAAGACAAACCAAAGGAUGCAAAUAUUCAAAGUAACUGCUUACUUAUUAUAGUAAUCAUUUUGUGGUUUAAGCUCCUACAGGUAAACUGGAGACUUGGUGGAAGCAAACAGAAUCUAAAGAUGGGCUCCAAGGACGUAUUCAGCUUCUGUGGAAGGUAAGUCAGUUAGAUUAGGAAGGUAGCGCAACAGAUCUCUAAUUUAAGUUAGACAGAGUUGUACACUAAUGUAUGGAUUGUAAGGAAAUCAGUGUGAAUUCAAUUUCAAAGUAGAAUUAAAAUGUUGGGCCAAAAUGAAAACAUAGAUGACUGAAAAAUAAACAUUUAAUGAAUAAUCAUGAUAGUUUUGUGAUGGCACAAGUUAGAAGUUGUUUGUUUUUUUUUUUUUGUUCUGUUUUUUAAUGUGCAUUUGCAGUAACUUUUUGGGUCAAACUUAUUCAAAGUAAGCUAGAAGCUCUAAUGUAGGUAAAAUGUAACAAAAUUUAAAUUACAUCUAUAUGAAAGGGGAUUUAUUAGCUACAUGUUUUGUGGAUCACACUUUUAUUUUUACAGGAUUAAUGGUAUUUGUAAAAGGGUCAAUCUUUUCACCAUAACGACUAUAUGCCCAGCCAGUGAAGUUAAUGCAAAAGUGCAACUUCCACAAUAGCAAUAUGCCUAACAAGGGGCUGAUCACCUGAGGUCCUUUGGUGUGUGUUAAACACCUCACAAAUGGCUUUACUCAUAUCUGGGGAGUUGUAACAGGGCCAUGCUAGCACCAUAACCAUUACAACGGGGCUGUGGUGCUUAUAGGCUUAAAGUACACCUUUUAACCCCUUCAGGACGGAGUCAAUAGUGCACGUUCUGAUCAAAACAAAACGUAAACAAAAACUGGAAUUUGCACUAUAUGUCUGUUCAACCGUAAUUCACCGCUGUCACAUUAAAUGCACCCACACUUAUUAUAUAUAAUUUUGUUCAGGAGAAACAGAGCUUUAAUUUAUCAUUAACUAGUCAUAUAUGGAACAUAAUUUAUUAUGAAUACAAUUUAAAAAAAGAGAGAACUUUUUUUUUUUUAAUUGUAUUUCCGUCUGACAUUUUAACUGUUAAUGUCAUAAUACUGUUGGGUUUUACUGCAUAAAAAUGCACAUAUUUGUAAUCAGUGAUGUCUCACGAGUACAACAGUACCCCCCAUUAACAGGUUUUAUGGUAUUUUGGAAAGUUACAGGCUCAAAUAUAGAACGUUCGAUUUUCAAAUUGAAAUUUGCCUGAUUAGUAAUGUUACCUUUGAGACGGUGUGGUAGCCCAGGAAUGAGAAUUACCCCCAUAAUGGCAUACCAUUUGAAAAAGUAGACAACCCAAGGUAUUGAAAGUGGGGUAUGUUUAUUCUUUUUUAAUAGCCACUUAGUCACAAACACCUGCCUGGCUUUCAUUUUACACCUCCUGACAUUUUAUCUGCACCUCCUGUCCAAAUCUAUUCUCCCAUUUCCUUUUUGGUACUCCAAGUCCCCUCCGUCAGUGUGGCCAUGUUCUACUUCCCACAGUAAUGCUGCUUCUCCCCAGCCAUCUCAGUGCUGUUCCAGGGCACUGGUUCUGUAUGGGAGCAAGAGAGAGGAGAUAUGAGAUUUCACCAAGUUGUGAUCCCCUGGUCAAGCAACAUAUUACUUCCGUUUGGAAUGUAUUAAAGAUCAUAGACAUGAGUGCUGAUUGGAUGUGCUACAUAGAUAACAGUGACACUAAACAUCUCUUUUUGGUGCUACAUGGUCAGCACCGGCGAUAAAAGUCAGGGUAAAUCAUAAAGGGCCAUUUGAAGAGAUCCUUAGCCCUUAACUAUCAUUUGAUUUGCUCAGUAGCCAGUCUAGGUCUGAAGUCAAAAGCUUACAAAAAAAAAAACUGCUGUUUAAAUUCCAUACAACCUUAAAUUGAUUCCAGGUAGAAUUGCCUUUUCACUAUAAUGCCCUUUUAUAAAUCAUUCUCAGUAAGAUAUAUCUGUCCCGCAGGCACUAAAGAAACAUGAAGCGAAUGCCGAUCACAUGUGGUAUGUUGUCAAGAGGUCUUCUGGUUAUGGAAGCAAUGAUGCCAUUCUUUGUAACACAACAGCUCUCAACUGCAGCUUUUCACCAUCAAUAGGUGUGAUGGGUGCCACUGUCUGGGCAUACAAUACAGCAGGGCACUCCCAAGGGACAGAAAUUACCUUCUCUAUAAAAAAAGGUAAGGUGACUAUGUGACUAGUCCAGACAUCUCUUCCACCAAUAUUACAGCUUGGAUUUUGAGGGAUAAGCUUGGCGUAUAUCAGGAGGAUAGGCCUCAUUGCUACAUUAAAGCCAUCAAGAAAUGUUGGGGGUAAAGUAUAAAGGGUAACUUUGGCACAAAGCUCUGUUCGCAAAACAAUUGGCAGGAAGAUUACAUUGGCUUCCAUGAUGAUUACUCAACAUUUAGAACCUUGCUCCACAACUGUAUCACUACAGUAUAUUACUUCCAAUGUCCUUCAAAAAGGAAUUGCAACUUCCCAGGAUUUUUAAUGUUAUGUUACUUAUAUGCUGCAUUUAACAAUCAUGUAUUUAUGAGGUAUGAAAAAUAAGAUUAUAAGUAGAAAUAAAGAACUAUUGAUUCCUCAAGUGGGCACCUCCAUUUUAGCUCAUUGAUAUAAGCUCUGUCCUUUGCACCUUGUAUUCAGCAUAACAAGAGAAUACAGAGUCUGGGCUGAACUGAAUUGUGAUUUAGUGUGCUAUAUCAUCACUUUAAUAUGUUUUAAAUAAAAUGGAGCAUUUAAUGAAAAAAUGAUAAAACACAUUAUAGGUUAUUUUCAUUGCUUUAUUCAAUGGUGUCAUUUCCAGAGAUGUAGCUGUUCCCCAUUAAAAUUAGAAGAAAAAUUGUAAAAUUAGAGAAAAUGCGUAGAAAGAGUAUAUUUAAUUUAAACAAAAGAAUAAAAUAUUGAAAUCUUGCUCUCUCUCUAUAGGUGAAUUAGGUUCCAAUUUCCAAGUUUUUCCAAAUGAUAAUUACAGUUUGCGUGUAGAAUGGGAGACAAAACCCUCAGCAAAAGGCUAUAUCCUGGAAUGGUAUGAAAGCUCAAAUAAUCCUGACAUUGAGAUCAACUGGAAAAGAGAGCCACAAUGGAGCCGAAAUUCAGUUUUGAAUGGUAAAAAAAACACCUUAGCGCUUCUCAAAUAUUGAUGAUGUGGAUGCCAUAAAAUAUUUUUUCUUACCUUCCCCCCGGGCAAAUAUAUCUGAAUAUAAGCUUCUCCUCUAUUGAGGCCUGGGAAAAUAAUUCUUUAGCGGAAUGGAUGCUCUAGCUACAAUUUUAUUGCCCUUUGUUUGGCUGUCCAUACACCCCCUAUUCGAUCACCGUACCAACUAUGUGUGGGUCCCCAGAUUCCUUUUGUAUCUUGGUCACCCUGUGCCCAUUAUUGGUGCAGGGUAUGUUGAAUGUAUUGCUUGUCUGUGCCUCUCCCCCUGUGCCGUUCCCUCUGACUGCUUGAAAUAUCCUACACAUCUCACACAAGUCAUUACUAGUAAUGUCAGUGACGGUCACUCAAACAAGAGAACAUUGGCAUGUAUCACUGGACCGUCAGUGACCUUCAGGCCAUCUAUCUAGGUCACAUCAUAGACAUAGGUGGGCGCACGGGGUGUGCCGGGUGUGCCUGGGCACACCCUAAUACCGCCGCACGCCUAUGGAGUAAGACCGGCAGGGGAGAUCUCAGGAUCUCCCCUGUCGGCUCAUGCAGAGCCGGCACUAUCCGAUCGCCGGCUCUGCUCUCAGCCUCCCUCCCCACCGGCCCACAUGCAGGGAGGGAGGCAGGAGAGGACCCAGGGAUCUAUUGCCAGCAGCUCCGCCAGGUUUCUCUCGCGAGAUCUGAGCAUUGCCACGGCAACGCUCAAAUCUCGCGAGAGUGAACUCUAGCUCCGCAGGCUAGAGUUCACUCUCCAUUGGACCACCAGGGAAGGCAGCAGCAUGGUCCCUCCUCCCUACAUAAAGUAACAAGGGAGGGGGGAUAUUUACUGAUCUGCCCCCACCUCCACUGGACCACCAGGGAAGGCAGCAGCAACAAGGAUCCCCCCUCCCUACAAAAGGUAAGAAGGGAGGGGGGAUAUUUAUUAACUAAUCUGCCCCCACUCCACAACCACAAAUCACCCAAACAUACAGCACCCACAAACAUACAGCACCCACACACAUACAGCACCCACACACAUACAGCACCCUCACACACACAGCACCCUCACAAACAGCACACACACAGCACCCUCACACACACACACACCACACACACACAGCCCACACAGCACCCCACACACACAGCACCACACACACAGCACCCACACACACACAGCACACCAGCACCCUCACACACACAGCACCCACACACACACAGCACCCACAGCACCCUCUCACACACAGCACCCACACACAUACAGAAUACAGACAGCACCCUCACACACACAGCCCCCUCACACACACAGUACACCAACAGCACCCUCACAAACACACAGCACCCUCACACACACAGUACACUAACAGCACCCCCACAAACACACAGCACCCUCACACACACAGCACACUAACAGCACCCUCACACACAAACAGCACCCUCACACACAGCACACUAACAGAACCCUGACAAACAUACAACACCCACAAACAUCACCCUCACACACACAGCACCCUCACACGGCACACUAACAGAACCCUAACAAACACACACACAGCACACUACCAGUACCCUCACACACAGUACACUAACAGCACCCUCACAAACACACACACAUAAACACCCUCACCCACACAGCACACUACCAGCACCCUCACACACAUCACACUAACAGCACCCUCACAAAGCACACACACACACACAGCAGUGUAUGUAUAUAUACAAAUACACAUACAUACAUACAUAUACACGCAGCAUGUGUUUGUGCUUUAGGGUGCACACCCUAAUGCAAUAGGCUGCGCACGCCUAUGAUCAUAGAAGACAUGUAUUGUGGCAGAUGUACCUUAAUGGGUAUUUGUGAUGGAAGAUAAAGUCCCUAUGUUUUGAACGUGAUGCAUCAGAUAUGGCUGCUUGAUUAAUCUUUAAUUAAAGGGGCUCAAUGGUGCCUGAAAAUGAUUUUGCCACAUUGUGCCUGGAUCUUUUAAUUUUGUAUAGAGAUAUUUUAAGGAACAGAGUUCAGGGAGCCAUAUCCAGACCUUUAUCGUGGUUUGGCUGGUGAGUCCGUGUAAGCCGCAGUAAAUCUUUGAGUUAUACUAUUACUUUUUGCAACUGGGGUGAUGUGUGUUUCCCUAUGUUAUGGCUGAUAAAUAUUUGGCGGGAAAAAUUGUUAAUAUUGUGUCUUCUUUAAAAGAUGAACAUGUAAAAGUACAAAUAUAGAGCACACGCUUUAACAAAAUAUAAUAGCAUUUUAAUUAAUAAAGCUAAAUGCUUAGUUUAAUUUCCUGCUACAAGUUUUACUGCAACAUCACCCCUUUACUUCCUUUCAGAAAAUAUUAAACCUUUCCAACUGUACAUUAUAAAGCUGUUCCCUCUUUAUGAAGAAGGAGUGGGUGCCCCUGUUCAGAAAGAAAUGUAUUCUAGACAAAGAGGUGAGUCACUGGCAUCUAUGUGAGGGUAUCUGUCUUGGUGUCAUGGUUCCCAGUAACUUAUGGGUCAUGUAGUAAAAAUCACUUAUGAGUUGAAACACAUAGGGUGAGAUUUAUCAAAGUGUUCUGCUUUAAAAAGUGGUGCAACAAUGUAAAAGGUGUGGAGUCACCAAUGGGCCUGUUGCUUCUACUGGUUUGAUCAAUCUCCCCAUUGUCAAUAAACUUUCUUUUUCACUUGAUAUUUACGGUAAUGUUUAUAUACUUUAAAAAUGUGCAUACAUUUUCUUGAUAGUGUAUCUUACUAGUUUGAAUGCUGGCUUUUCCUUGAGUAUCUAAGAAUUGGAAAAAUAUUCUAGACUUUGAUAUAAUGACUCAUGCGUGUUAUAGGGAAAGUCAACCUACCAGCACUAAACUGUUUGUGAAGCUGUUAAUGCAUCAUUUCCAUUGGAUAAUGAAAAAACAUUACCAGCUCCUAAUUGUACAAGGGUUAUGUACUCAUAUAUAAAUUACUUAUCAGACCAUUGCCAAAACUCAAUAAGCUGAGUAUCAUUGAAAACUAGUUAUGCACUGAGUUGAAAGUUACUGCUAUUGUAGCUAUAUAUUUCUGCUACAGCUAUAUAGGUUAUGAUUUUUUGCUUUUUAUUUUAUACUUCUGUCUCUUUACACUUUGACCUUUUUUUUUUUUUUUUGCAGCUCCGGAUUUGGCCCCCAAACUAACAUUAAUCAGAGCCUCAAAGUCGCAGGCUGAGCUUUCCUGGGAGCCUAUACCCCUGGAGAGUCAGCAUGGGUUUAUCACAGGUUACACUAUUUACUGGACUGAUCCAAACGGAGUAGAGCUCUGUAAGCAAAUUGCAUCUGUAAUGUCUAGUUAUUGAGCGGUUUCAAAUCAUGCACCUAAUGUGGUUUAAAAUCAUGUAAAGAAAAAAUAGAACUGAAGUUUAGUACAGAUUUACUAUGGGACAAAUCAGAUAAAACAAUCAUUGUAUUCACAUUUACAUCUGACAUAUGUUCAUUCAACAAAUCAAUCUUAAUGCCUAAAGGUUAAGCUGUGCCCAUGGCUACACUGUUGAAUUCAUACAUACCAAUUAAGGCUCUUACAAAUAAUAUUUGUUGUAUUAUUAUAAUUUUUUUCUUAAUUUUAAUUAUUAAACUGAUCUUAAAUUAGUGGUUUACAAUACAAAAAAUGGUCUACAUGAAAUGUAAUUGGCUCCACAAUGGUUGGAACAGGAAUAUAUUAUAGUAUGUCUAUAUUAUUGUAGUGGAGAGCUCUGUACAAUCUCAUAUUAUUAUGGGGUGUGCAUAGUAGGACUAAGAGAUGUGGAAUGGACAUCAAUGACUACUCAUUUUAUGUUGUUGUGUGUGAAAUUAGUUAAGGGUCUAAAGACCUAUUAAAAUAAAGCAUUCUUUUAAUUGUAUUAAAGGGAUUAUGUAGUGCCAGGAAUACAGACCCCCCCCCCUCCCCCCCCACUAUGGUAAAUGAAGAGUUAAAAACCCUCUAUUUAAUUAUCUGAUCCCAGCGCCAAGGUACCUUGGCACUGAGUAACAGCUCCUCCUCUUCAGUUGUCCCUCUGUGAACCAAUGCUUUUACUAUGGGAAAAAAGCUGACGCAGGAUGUCAGCUAUUUUACCAUAGUAAAAGCAUUAGAAGAAAGGAGCAUGGUCAGGUUACCAUUUAAUUUGAAGCAAGCCCGUUUUGUAAACAAUUAAUCCAUGAAGACAAUUUUCAGAUUUUUAUUUUUCCAUUUUUUUAUAUAUUUAAUUGCAAGAGAAAUAUGAUAAUACCUGCAACAUGGAGAAAAAGUGGAGAUUGUGCAAUUUUCUUGCUAGGCAUUAAGGAGCUUUUUUGCAUUGCAUUAAAUAAUUAACAGGUAGAAUGAGUUUUCACAUAGAAAACCAGAGAACUCAACAUAAACCAGCAAUAAUAGAGGAAGAGUUUGAAUGUUCCUGUAAUAUUGAUUUUGAUAAUCAUUGUUGUUGUUUUUUAAAAUCUUUUUUUCUAAAUAUAUUGGACAUGCACGGUUAUCUUAGAGAUCUGCCAAUCUGAUGCUUCUUUAUGAGAAGCACAGUACAAAAACCCAGUGUCCCACAUCACUUACUUUCCACAUUACUUUGCUUUUAAAUAUUUAUUGUUCAAGACUAUUUGCAUAUUUGUAAGUGUAUAAAUGAGCAAUUUAGUAUAAUCAGACUAAUUAAUGUGAUAUGUACGACAGAUUUUGUACACCUUUGUACAGACUGGGUCAUUUCUUAAGAUAUGCAAUAUGGCAUAAAUCUCAGAGGCUUAUUUGUGCUUUUAUAAAUAUUCUUAAAUAUACGAAUGUUCCUCAGCUAGUCUGGCUACUAGACCUACAACUUGAUUCUAAUACCAGAUAUAAACAUUACUUGUAAGAGAAUAGAAGUUCUCCCAUUACAUGGUACGUGAAAAGCACAAUUCAGUUAUGAAAGGUACAUUUUAUUUCUUUCAACAGAAUCUAUCCCUUGGUGUGAUGGUAGCUAGAAAUUUCUAGCCUUGUAUUCCAACAUUUAUACCUGUCAGAAUUAGAAUUAAUGAUAACCAAAGCAGUUUUAGAAUUAUGGUCUUCUUUGGUGCCAGACUAUAUAGGAACAAUACAUUCUUAACAGCUGACUCUUUAAGUAACAAUAGUUUAUUACAUUGUACAGUUGCAGAUCUGAAAGCAACAUCAAGAGAAUAUGUGAUUGGAAACCUGGAUUCGUUAACCGUUUACAAAGUUGUUCUAAGCAUCUCAACAUCAGGUGGCAGCACAAAUGGAACUGUUAUGACAAUAUACACCACUCUUUUUGGUAAGAACAAAAAUCUGAUGAUAUUGGGUCAGGCAGGGAAAGUUGGUGAAAUGGAAAAUUGUAAUAAAAUAAGUACAUUUAAUAAAACAAUUAAGGAAACUAAGAAAGAGGAGCUAAAUGGUCAUGAAUGAUAUUUAUAUCAUUCAUGACCAUUUAGCUCCUCUUUCUUAGAAUGGUAAAUAUCAAACAAUAUAGUAGGUUUUCUGAGAAGAGAUGUAAGGUUGGCCAUUAGAAAGAAUAAAUAGAAUGCAAAAUCAAACAAUAAAAAGAGGAAGAAGGAGAUCAACAGUGAACCUAGUCUACAGUAAAUAACAAAAAUAAUAAGUAAAAGAAAACAUGGAGUUUCAGUAUAGCAGGCAGAGAUGAUAUAAUGAGAGAGAUAGAAGAAUCACAAGACAUAACAGAGGAGAUUUUGAGAUAUUGGCAAUUGAAUCAGGAUAAUAGGAGUAUAGCGGCUGUCAUACUAAUGUUACAUCUAACAAAAAUUAUCUGUUUACUAUCCAGAUGAGAAUGAAGUUAACAUGCUGAUCAUGGUCCUCUGUCUGUCCUUUAUCACGAUCAUCAUUGUCACGUUUAUCCUUUGCAUAAUGAAACAUGAAAGGUAAAACCAAUCUCACUGUGCUGAGAAAAUCACUUGCAGUACAUCAUGUUAAGCUCUUCCAGUAAUUAAUUAUCUCUGAGUAACCCUGCCCAUUUCUCCCUAGAACUUUUUCUAAGUGUCCAGAAAGCAUUCAACAAAAUAAAAAACAACUGAAAACCUCCAUGAUUGUCAUUUCCUUAACCCAAUUAAAUAUUUAUUUUUUCCAGAAUGAAGAAACGAUUCUGGCCCAGUAUUCCAGAUCCAGCUAACAGCAGCAUGGGAAAAUGGGACUCUGUAAAACAAGAGGUAAAAAUUUAAAUAUAAAUCCAUCCGCAAUUGAAUGCUAGGACACUUUACAAGUGUCCAAAAGGUCUGAUUAUUAUGAUUUUAUUUAUCUAAGAAAAAAAAAAGUGGGGGUUGAAGCUCACAUUUUUGCAUAUCUUCUCCAAACAGUUAUUUAUCAACGCAGUAAAGAACAAAUGAUUGCACAAGUGACCAUGUCUGCUUGUAUUUAAUUGUUUAAAAUAUAAAUGCACACUAUUUCCAAGGUAGCCAAUACUCCAAUCCAGUCGUAUUCCAUGUAUUGUAGCUUUGCAACUUUGCUUGUCUGCUAAAUAUUUUAAUAAGUUAAUAAAUUUGUAGUUCUCAAAAAAAUAAUAGUGAGAUAUAUAAUAUAUAUAUAUAUAUAUAUAUAUAUAUAUAUAUUAUAUAUAUUUUUUUUUAUUGGAGUUUCUUUUCACUAUGCAGCUGUUUAUUUACAAAUUGUGCUUGUACUGGAACCUGUUUUUUUGGGGGAGCAAUUAGUUUAACCCCUUAAGGACACAUGACAGGCGUGACAUGUCAUGAUUCACUUUUAUUCCAGAAGUUCCUUAAGCGGUUAAACAUUUUUACAUAUUUAAUCAUAUUUUCUCUUCAUAGAAGCCCAGGAUGACCCUUAACACAAGAGAUGUUAAUCAAAUCAUUACGAGUGAUAUCACCAUUUUGGAAGGAUGGGCAGGAAAGAAGCCUGCCACUGAGGAUUUACCAAAGGACACUCCAAUCUUUCCACAAGAUCAUUCUGUGAAUUUUCAUGUACAGUCCCAGUCCAUCAUUGAAAAUAUGAAUACACUGAUGUCUUAUGUCAACGUUCUAGACACUGUCCAAUAUGCCAAAGUGAUUACUGGAGGCUAUCGCGAGCAGAGCCCUCCAUCUUCUCUGUAUAUAAGGUCUGAAUCCACACAGCCUCUUCUUGGUGACACAUCUCCCAGCCCCACCAACUAUGAGAACAUGUGGUUUCACUGCCAAAACCAGGAAGACAGUGUGUUCUUUAUGGAAGAAGAAAGCCAAACCCACUUCCCUCUCCUCCAGGAACUGAAGAUUCAAGAUGAAGAAGAACCAUUUUGUCUCUACAGCUGAAGAGCUUGCGAUACAGUUCAACCCACAACCUAUUGUAAUUUCAUGCAGACAAUUAACAUUGAGAGAGUAACAACACGAUAAGCAAAAAAAACAUCAUCUUGAUUAACUUUUAUAUAGAAUUGCUUGAAACCUAGCACUAGGCUUUUUUUUCUUCUGCCUUCUCAUUACUUUGGAGCUAAUAUAUUGGACCAUAGCAGAGAGAAUAUUUUUUGUAGUGCGUGCUAGAUGUUUUGGACAUUUGUCCAAAGAAAUGGCAAAUGAACAGUUGGCUUCAUUUAAAUGUGGGCAUCUGCUUCUUUGGGGUUGUGCAUCAUUUUUUCCUUUAUUUCACAAAGCAUUAUUUUUAUGUUUUUCCUUUCAUACCUGAUGCAACAAAGUGUGUCUUAUUUAAACAAUGGUUAUUCAGUUACUGAAUUAAUAUAAUUCCAAAUUUAUUUUUAGGAUACAGAUUUUAGUUUUAUUAAACUAAAAUGCAUCGUCUAGUCUUGUGUCUACCUGUUGUGCUUUAGAUGCUGGAAUGCUACUCUUGGGAUUUUAUGUUGGUCUAUUGCUGAUGAACAGUACAAUGCUGAAAUGAUCAUCUGGGAUGUACAUCUUAACCAUCAGAUAUUACUUAUUACCUCUUCUAUCAAAAUUUCCAUGUGAGUAAAUGGAUGGUUGCUCAAGGAAACCAGUAGGUCACCCUGACUUAAUGCACUAGCGAACUGUACAAAUGUAGUAUCGGGACAAAGUUCUAAAUUGACCCGUGGUAGUUUCUUCCCUUUUAUUCCUCAUUUCCACUCUGAUUGUGGGAAUCUAAAAUUAAUGUUCUUCCUAUUUCAAAUACUCUUUGGUAAGGCCUUAAAAUGGAAUUUCCUUUGCCUUUCAUGCUAUUGAAGAAUAGUCAAUCUAUUAAUUCCACGCCAAGCAUUUUUUAAAAUCUUUUUUAAAUUAUACACGUACACAUUCCAAAAGUGUACCUCCAACCCCUUCCAUUUAUCAUAAACAAAGUUAUGUAGAAAGCAUGGCUCUUGUAGAAUUACUAAGUAACUAACCUUACCCAAAAAUUUAGUUUUGCUACCUUGCACUGCAAAUCAUUUGAGAACUAUACAUCUCUCCCUGAUUAUGUAUUUUUACAAGUAAUAUUGCAUGUUUUAAUGUGAUAGCAUUUGUAAUAUUGUGUAUAUAAUUGCCCCUCUGUUUUUUUUCAUGCCUAAAAAUUAUUUUACUUCAACUUUAAUUAACAAAAAAGGUGGCAAAAUUACCACUGAAAAAAAAUUAACGUACGUGCAAAUUUUCCACUUUUAGAACUUUUACCCAUAAUUUCCUUUUGGUGCAAAUCCCUCAUGUCAUGCUUCAGUAUCUCAGCAGCCCAUGACAUGUAACCUGCUUGAUGAUUUUCACAUGACUGUCAUGAUCAUAUACCCUAAUACACAAAACUGAGACAGGGAAUGAAACAGGAUCUGGUUUUAUAUAUAUAUUACUGUUUUUUAAGGCAUUCAGCCAGUCCAUAGGAAAGCAUUCACAAUGCUUUCCUAUGGACGCAAGCGUCUUCUCACUGUGAAACUCACAGUGAGAAGCACGGAAGCCCUCUAGCAGCUGUCAAUGAGGCUGGAUUAACCCAUAGGUAAACAUAGCAGUUUCUCUGAAACUGCUAUGUUUACAGAAAAAAGGGUUAAUCCUAUCUGAACCUGGCACCCAGACCACUUCAUUAAGCUGAAGUGGUCUGGGUGCCUACAGUGGUCCUUUAACUGAUUAUUUUUUAUAUUUUUCUCUUUUCAAAAUGCCUUGUAUUCAAAUAUAUAUUUUAAGUAAUCUAAAAUAUAUAUCAAGUAAAACUAGUAAAAUUGUAAUAGUAGCAAAUACAAUCACUUUGUAUUUUGCGAAAUACCAUUCUAAAACUUUAUUUUUAACCAACUUCAUAUUUAAGCCAUAACAUUUACAUUUUGGGGUUUCUCAAGAUCAUUUGAUACGUCACACUGGUGAAUGGUUAAAGCACCAGUGAAGUUAAAAAUAACAUUUUAUCAUGCAUUUUAUCUGAUGAGCUGUAGAUUUUUGUUUAAUAGAUGUGGGGUGCAAUAACAGAAUGCAAACAUCAGCUGAGAGGCACAGUGAUUAAAUGAGAGAUCCACUGAGAAACCAGUGUGUGCUUUUCCGUGGGCGGUUGGUGAAGUUAAACGGUUGUUGUUCCUUUCCCCACCUCUCCCUACCCCCUCGAUUAGUUGGACUUUACCAAUUUAACCACAUACGAUGUCAUGCCCUGUUUACAAAUAGCUGCAUCUCCAGUCAUCAGAAUAUGUGAGAAUGAAAACUGCAGCUAUAUUUAUGGCAGACACAUCUUUUUCAAUAUCAGUAGUCCUUGCAAUGUCAAUAAAUUAGGGGGGUGCUAGCCUACCUGCUCCUAAGGACCAGCCCCCACUGUGCUUUACUAUUUUAAACAUUUUGUUUUUAAUGAUCAUAUAAUGUUGUUUGUGUUUAAUGAUCAUGAAUGAGCAUAAUUCAUUGCUGCUCUAGCCUUAAAAGGAUGCUCUGAGCGCGUAAAUCACUUUUAGCUUGGUGAAAUGCUUUAAGUAUGAACACUAUAUCCUCUUUUUUUCAUUUUACAAAAAGUGCAGAUUUCAAUAGAAAUUGGCACAUUUAUAAAUGAACCUAGUUACACCCCACUGGCUGUUAGACACCAGGUUCGGUUAAUUCCUGGUUUGUUUUCAGCUCAGUGGAGCUAAACUCAAGGGACAGGAAAUUGCCUAGAGCACCUGCCUUGCAAAGACGUCUCAUUGAGCUUCAUUGGGAAGUUUCUGAUUGGACAACCAAAGAAAGUCUGGGCUGAGAAAGAACGGGAGGGCUGGCAAAAGUAACAGACAAGAGAACUGCAGUAUUUUUAUAAAAAAAAAAAAAAUGCAUAAUGAAAUUGAUACGUUAUCUACUAAAUAUCUACUAAAAAAGUGAUUUUGGUUAUAUUUUCUGUAUUUGGGCAGUGGAGUGUCCCUGUAAAGGAAAGUUGUUAUAUUUUAUUAUAAUUUAAAAUAAAAGAUAUUACAUUAUAGCCUUUGAGUGCAACACUGUAAUGCACACAUAUAAGUAAAUAAUUAUUUCAAGUACAUCUCCAGGCUUACCCUUGGUCGAUGGAGAUGGCCAUCUUACAUCCUUAUCCAACCAAACAUCAUGCAGGUAACAGAACCUGUGUAUUUCCAUAAAUCCUAACAUCAUGCACAAAUACUGGUUACAUAAAAAAGCUUUCUCUGACCUGGUUUUAGCUGUUCAUUGCAAAUGUUUUUGGUCAGAUAAGUGCUCUCUCUGACCAAAGAGGACUUAAAGGUGGCCAUCCCAGGCCAUAACCAAGGGUAGGUCAAGAGAUCCACUAAGAACUUAUGUAUAUGCAUUAUAAUAAGAUUUAUAAAACCCUUGUUGUGUAUCGCUUUAAUCAUUUGUAAAUAUUUUAGAACAUUCCUUCUCCCAUUAAAAUAACUCUGUUUUGCACUUUACAUUUUUAGAUCAUUUAAUGUUCAUAAAUACUGCAUUCACACUGAAAUGCAUUUUACAGUAUUUUUUAUUAGUCAUCAUUGGUGCUCUUCAUUAUAAAGAUAACUGCUGUGAUAUCUAUGUACGCGUCAUAUUAACUGAAUAAGCUAUAUUUGUUUAUUGAUGGAUCUAUAUUUUAAGAGUCUCCUAACAGAAGUGAUAUGCCUUUUUUUUUCUUUAAUAUGUUUUUUGUUGCAAUUCCUUUCCUCUGUCGAUUGGAUUGACAUCCCACUGAUUAUUAUUCAGUGAGCAGAGAACGUUUGGCAAGGUUUCGAGCACGUUUGAGGCUCAACUUUCAAUUGCAAAUAUAUUUGUAUGUUAGCGGUGGUAUGUCCUGUUUACUGGUAAUGAUAACAUAAAUAAAUGCAUGUCAUGCAACAAUUGGUGUGUUAAUUUGUGGAUUGUCUUUAAAUAGGAU